AUGUCGCCAUACGGGGAAGACGUCGGUGGCGGUGGCAGCGGCGCCGGCGAUCACCUAAACUCGUCCGUGUAUGGAAACGACAGCAGUUAUUUGAUCGGUCCCAAACGAGACCCGCUGUACAUAGUCGUGCCCAUGACGAUCAUGUAUUCGGUGAUAUUCGUGACCGGAGUCAUCGGAAACUCGAUCACGUGCUUAGUGAUCGCCAAACACAAGUUUAUGCACACGGCCACCAAUUACUAUCUAUUCAGUUUGGCUGUAUCCGACCUCAUACUGCUGGUGUCCGGACUGCCACAAGAGAUGUGGUCCAUAUGGUCCAGGUAUGCACCAGCACGGCUGGGUCACGCAUUCACAAAACCUAUAAAACCUAUCAGAGAUUGGCCAAACCUGUAACAUAACCGAAUUCGCUUUAAGAAUUUUAGAGAGUUAUAGGAGUUUUAAAAAUACUUAACCUGCUCAUUGGUCCAAACUCGAUACACUGUACUAAGGUAGUCAGUGUUCUAAGUGCGUAAAUCUAAAACUAUACCUUUUAAUCGAUUAAAAACUAUGAAGGAUUGUGUACUUAUAAACCACUUUGACCGAACUCGGAUAAGGUCAAUAAUUAUGCAACCGGGUCCUCCGUGGUCAAUACCUUUUUGAAAGAACGUACAAUUUAAAACAUUUGAAAUUCAUUACGCUCUAUAGUGGAGUGACUUAACUAGCUUAGUUUUUUUUAUUAAGAUACGAUUCUUUUUUUUUUAUGCGUCAAAUCUUUCACGCGUUAAGUACCUUAAAAGAUGCGGAAUUUCCGACCGGGGUGGUGGAGAUGCUAUUCUAUAAUUGAAACAUUUUUUUUAAAUUUCUAACAGUUUGACAUGUUAUGUAUACUUGAUUCGAUUUAGUCAUAUUUUACGCCAGACGACUGUGUCCAGGCAAUUUUGAAAGUUAUUUUUACCGCUGCUUACAAUAAAUCAACCCUAUAGUGAAAUCGAGUGUUUCAAGAAAGGGGCAAGACCAGGUGAUUACACCAUCUAGGUUUUUAGUUCCAUCUAAAACGUGUAAAAACGUACAAGAGACUAAAAAUCAUAAUUUAUUAUUUAAUUAGCGUUGUCCCAUUCCCCGAAAAAAAUUCUUAAACACCCACGCUCCGACCUUCCUAUAUUUUUGAUAAGAAUGUCUCGGGGCGGUAGACCCCCGAAAAAGGGAAAAAAUGGCCAAAUUGCGCGAUGAUGAAACCGAGUCUUGAUAUACAGAUUUUUUUUUUUUUCUAAGCUUACAGGCCACAAAGGACUUUUUCGCUUUCACCAAGUCUCUACAUCAUUCUCCAUCUUCCACAACUCAAUUUCCUUCAUUCCGAGAGUUUCUAAAUUUGUAUUCACUCUAUCCAAACCAUCACUGGCCGGGCCUACCUCUUGGUUUCUUUCCUAUUGGUUUAUUGAUUAGCACCUUAAGUUCGUAUUAUUAGCUCAUCCUUCGUACACCAGACAUUGUCAGUCCGUUCUAGUAUUUUAAAUUGCAGACAGUUUUAUAUAAUUGAUUUGAUAUAUUUUUUUUUUUUUUUUUCAUAUAACUCCCUGAUUCCAGACUUAGUGUGCAUCCAUAAAUAUUUGUAUUUUGCUAUUACGAAUUCGCGAUCCGGGGAACGAACAAUCACGAUGAUUCAUCCUUGAAAUAACGACGCAGCCACGACGUAGAUACUUUACAUGACAAAUACCGUGGGCGUAAUGCAUAAAUAAUAUUAAAACGACGAUUGUGUGCUGAAACUUUGUGAUCUCUGUGACAUAAUAACGAGGCACAAAGUUUAACCUGGAUAAACAUCAAACAGAUAGCAGUUAGUGCAUAAUUAGUGUAGGUACUUUGUUUUUAAUUAAUUUUUCCCCGUCCUCACGUCCGUUACAGGACGAGUUACAGUAGGUGCAUAUAGUUUAACAAUAAUGUUAUUCUGACACAUGCCUUUAAAUUUUCACCGUAAUAAUAUCAUAAUAAACCAUGAUAAUUUACGUAUCCGUUAAAAACUAAUACUAUCGUUCUCGGUGCAUCGCCGUUUAUACACGUUUUAAUAUGGUAACAAAAAUAUAACUUAUUGUUCAUUUCGUUAUAGUUCGCCGGUAUAUUAUGUAUAUCAGUAACAUCGCAAUUUCUUCUUCACCUUCGUUUUUAUCCUAGCGAUUUGGAAUCGGCCGCCCCGUCCUAAACGUCCAUUUGAACCGAUUUCCCCCCUCGCAUACAGUGGUUAUUGCACCCAAAGACCUCUUUUUCGAUCUGCCUCUUCCUCUAAAGGAGAAAACACUAAACGGAAAAAUAUCUAAAUUUUUCAUACAUAAAUACGAAAAACGAAAUUUUCCCGAUUUUCAAAUUAAACACAAACUACCAACUAACUAACAUUGUAGAUAUUAAACAUUUUUUUUUGGGAGGAGGGGAGUUUAUAAACAUAUGAAUACAAACAAAGUCGUAUUUUAUUUAAAUGCUAUUGUUGUUAUUUAUGCAGAUAAGAGAAAUUGAACAGAAUGCCCCUCGAUGCACUUAAUGAAUAUAAUUUGUCAAACCAUAAAAUAUUAAUUAACGCCAUAAAAUCCGUAAUUGCAGUAGCUAUGUGCAAUGUGCGUUCUUUUAGAAUAUUGAAUUCCAUUACCAAUGUAAAAAAUUAUAAGUUAUGACCAAAAUAAAAUUAAUGAAAAUAAUAAAAUAAUAAUUUACAAAACACUCUAAACGGAAAAAAAAUGUAAAACUUUUCGGAUGUGAAAACGAUAAACGAAAUUUUCCCAAAGGUUUUUACCCCGUGGUUUUGAUCUGUAUUACGAAUCUAUUGAAUACAACUUUUCACGCCCCCUUUCUGGAAAUUAUAAAACGGCUUUUUAUAAAAAAAAAAAAAAAAAACUGUAUUCCUCGGAAAUGCACAUAUGUCAGGUUGAAAUUUUCAUAAUAAAAAUAUCUGUUGAAAAUCGGCAACCUCAAAAUAAAAAAAAAGUUAUUUGUUUACGCGGUCAUUGAGAAGUGAUAAAAAAAAUUUAAUUUUCCUCUAAAUAUACGUCCCACUUAAAGAAAAUCCGAGCGCGGUGUAACGUUACGUAUAAAAAAUGAUUGAGCGAUUUUUUUUUUUUUUUUAUUAUUAUUAUUAUUAUUAUUUUCUUAUUAUUUAUUCACGUGGUAGACUCGGAACGCGAGUUGCACGGCUCGGAAUUCUUCGAAUUUCAAAAUCGCAGGAACAAAAGGUGUAAAAUUAGAUCAAACGAUUGUAUUGUGGGAGUUUUAUUGAAAAAUUCUGCACCGGCCGAAUAUGAGAACUUUUGUGCGUAUCAUCGCGUUCGAAAUUGUAGUAGCUGCCGCCACUCACACCGCGAUAUAUUCUCGACCUUUUCCCCGAAAAUUCGACCCGAAAUGUGCGGAAAAACGGUAAUAAACAGAUUUCGGUGUAACAUGACCGGACGACCGUAUAAUCUUAUUGACGUCGACGGCGAUGAUGAUGAUGGUAAUAAUAAUACGUUCCCGUGGGAAGUGUAUAAAUUUUAAUCGGUCGACGACGACGACGACCGUGUGUUAGGCGAAAUAAAAAUACCUACGCAUGAUCAGGACUCCCAAAAUCGAAUCGUUAAAAGACCGCGUACGUUAUAAUGCUGUGCACGGUUUCCCGCCGGGAUCUAAGGAUUUUUAUGCGUCUGAUAAUAUUCGAUUUUUUUUUUUCCCCCAUCGGAUUUCGUGUCAGAUACAAAGGAGGCGCACAUUUAUAGGGAAAACAAUUAUUUUCACCCCUAAAGGUCGAAAAAAAUGAAAAAUUACUUUUUUUUUUUUGUUGACUUUUCAACGUUUUAAAAAUAGUCCUUUUUAUAAAAUAUAUUAUUCCUAAAAUGCGUAUGCAUUAUGUACCAUAAAUGCAUAACUGAUCAACAGUUUCUUAUUAGAAGUAGCCAUUUGGAUUUCAAACAUUUUCAAUUUACAAAAAUAUAAUUUGUUCACACACUUUCUCCAGUAAUCAAAACAAACAUUACUAAGAAAUUAUUCGUCGGAUGUAUUCAUAUAUUUAAAAUUAAAAUGUUUAGAACAAUAUCAAUUAUAAAUCGGCUAUUUUGAAAAUGUCGAAAUACAAACAAAUAAUUGGUAGUUUGUUUCUAGCGAUUAAAGGGUGACACUACAAAUUUUCCUCUAAGCAUAUAUUUCCCUCAAAUAAAAUCCAGAAAUAAUUAACUAUUAAUGGUGAUAUAAGAAUCGUCAAACUCAUCAUUGCUAAUAAAAAACGAUUAUGAGCAGAAAUUAGUUAUACAUGAUUUUAAAGGCUGUAAUAUUUACGAUUUUCGUUAAAAUUUGAUAUAAAAAAUUCUACAUUACAUUCAAUCGUUUCACAAAGAACGACUUAUACGUUAUAUUGAACCUCUUAUUAAAUUUUUAAGCAUUUCUGUUUGAUCUAAAAAUUGUAUCCACUGAGUAUCCUACCGAAUAAAAAUUACGUAAAAAAUUUGCAAAAUUAAAAUGUCUAUAAAUAACCCAAAACUGGCUAAAAUCUUUUGAACAUUUUACCGCAUCUAUAAAUUGCUAACAUAUAUUUUUCUGUCCAAAUUUCAAGUCUCCAUAAAUAUUUUUAACUAAAUCACAAUAAAAAACAAAAUGAUACAUUUUAUAAAUGUUCCCGUUUUCUUACGUUUUUCUCGUUUCACUCACGAUCUAAAAUGGAUGUUUUUCUAAUUUUACACGGCUCAUAAAAAUUAACACAUAAAACUCUACUUAUGUUUAUACGAGAUAGUAGGUUAGUUUCAAUAUCGAAAUUGAAUUGUUAUCUAUCUAUAUUAAUGUUUGAUGAGCACUUACUGAACCAAAUAUCUCGUAUCUAUUCUUACGUUUUGAAAACGAUCGUAAACCACCAUAUUAUUAUCAUGUAUACGUAACUAAUUACAGGCCGGAUCUCGCCAAAAUCUACAUUAAGUAUACUUACUUAUAUGGUACUUACUUUGGUUCGGGUGGUAAAAUAUUCUAUAUAGGUCGAGGUAAAUAUCGUCAACCCGUGAAUAGGUAAUUGGAUAUUGGGUCCCGGAAAAUAAACACCGAAGAUGUAAUUAUUUCAAAUUCACCCCGGUCAGUUCAAGACAGAAUUAGUUAUGUUGUUUGUCCACUAUUUUAUAAAAUAUGUAAGUUCCAAGUUGUUAAAAUUAGGGAUUCCAAAAGCUUAGCGACAUCCGAAAGCAUACAAAUGGAUACGCAGGUUGUUAUUUUGACUCUUUCUCUCGUUUCCGGCUUUUACAACUGGCGGACGGUCGAUCGUGAUGGAUAGAUACUUAAAACAGAUUUCAGAUAAUCCAAAAGCCAAAUCAGAGGGAACAUUCUAAAACUUUUCGAUAUUUUUCGAGUUUACGUAUUUUUCGUUACACAAUUUUACAAUAUCGUUAUAUUUUGUAUGUAUCGUACGUGUAAUACCUAUGUUUCGAUAGAUAUUACACGUUAUACAAUGUUAUCGUUAUCGAGUAGGUUAUAUCGGAUGUGUUUCAUAUCAUAUAGACAUAAUUUCAUUUAUUUAUUAUACAUACGUGAAGUUGUGCCCCUCACUUUGGCCAAUGCUUCCGGACAAAUUGUAAACAAUUAUAAAUCAAUUUUAAAUAAUUGUAAAUCCAGUCCUCGAAUUUGUAAAUUAUUACUAAAUAAUAUAAAUAAAUAAUUAUUAUAAAGUCGUUUUUUGAUUUUCCCUUUAGGCUUUUUAAUAAUUAAAUAAAAUCGAUAAAAAAAACGGGAAAAUUUACAAAAAUAGUUCUUUAAUUAUUUAAUUUUUUUGUUGCUGUAAUUCAUGAAAUUUUGAAUUUUGUGUUAAAAAAUGGUAACUAGCCCGCAGUUAUAUUUGAUAAAAACCAAAAAUACCUCGUAAGUGAUAUUUUUGCAUACAACUCAUUUGCUGUCGUAAUUUUUAAAGAAUAUUUAGAUAAUCCUAAUUAUAAUUGAUUCUAAUUAGCAACAAUUUUUAUUUUUUUAUAAAACCUUAGCUAUUAUUAUGGACUAUCAAAAUGAUUAUAUAAAGAUCGUUUAAAAACUCUUCAGAUUGUUUAAGGAAAACUAUGGUGUGUCUGGAAUCAAAAUAUUUAACGCCGAGUAUAACGUUACAUAUUAUGUAGUAUCAGAACCCUUAAAAGAUUUUCCUUUAAGUUAUUUUAUUUUAUUUUUUCAUGUUAUAAUAAAAAUCCGUUCUAGAAUGAGGGGAGAUAGGUGCACUGUUGUAGGUGGAAAGUUAAGAAGGUAGGAUAUAGACGAGAAUUUAAUGUUCACCUGUAAGCAACGAUUAACCAUUGCUAAGAAAAAAAUGAUUCUGAGCGUAAAUCAGUUGACAGAGUUGCUUUUUCAAUAAUGUAAUAUACGUUAUAUUAUCGUAAAAUAAUUGCACAUGCAUUAAACAUUUUAUUUAAUAAUAUUUGUUUAACAUCGUAUCUAUAUUCCCGUUCUUCCGGUUUCCCAUAUUUUUUCCUGAUUUUUCCCAUUUAUUAAGAAAACUUCUUAGAAAAUCAAAAUAUGACUUUCUUAAAAUACCUCUUCAGUCAGAUUUCCUUUCAGAAAAAAUUCUACGAUUGUAAAUUUGAGCAAUAUCUCUGGUAGAAAAGUUGUUCACAGAUUAAAAAAAAAACUAGUUGAGAAAAAUCUGUAGUUUAUAUUCUUAGAGGUAUUGAAUUUUUUUUUUUUUGUUAUUUUAUUUGAAAUAUUGAACAUCUUUAUUAUAAAGUCAUUUAAAUGUAUUAUAUUUUUUUAGUUAAUUUUAUAUUUUAUUUGAUUUAAUUAAUAACUAAAUUUACUCACAAAUUAAGUAUGGAGAUUUUAUAAUAUACUAAUGUAUUUGGUAUGAUUUAUUAAUUUAGUAAAUUAUAUAUAGACACAACUCUUAGAAAAUUCGAAUUGCUUUGAAAUAAUAACAUUAAAUACUCGGAAGAUUUUUUUCGUAGUAUUAAUAUAAAAACAUAUCAAGCCAGAUAAUUCUAAAUUAUUCGUUGUGUCCAGAAAUCAUCAAUAUAGUUGAGAGUGUUUUUCAUUUUGAAAAGUAUGAUAGUUUAUACAAUUUUAAAUUGCACUAUUAUGUAAUUUGAAAUUGUUUACAAUUUGUAAAUGUACAAUCUAGAAACAAGAUUGCAUGAUGUAUAAACUCGCGUAAAACGUUGAGGUACGGUAUAAAAGGAAUCCCAACUACAUAGAAAUCAUUAUUUGAGAAUACACUGUUUUGUUAUUCCACUUUGUUUUGUUGAUUUUUAGGUUUUUAAAUUUUUCAAGUUAUUUACAAUGAGUGAAUAAACGUGUAUAAUUUGUCCGGAAUCGAUUGACCAAAGUGAGGGGGCUAUGUGAACCUAUAGGCCUCUCUAUUUAUUUUUGACUUAACGGCUGAGUAGUGGGGCAUUUACAAAUUUUGGAACUGAAUUCACAAUUAUUUACAAUUAGUCCGGAAAUGAUCGGCCAAUAUGGGUAGGCUACGUGAACUUUCCCCCCCCCCCUCAACUUGUUUUUGACUUAGCGGCCAAAAGGACGAUUUACAAAUUUGGGGACUGAAUUCACAAUUAUUUACAAUAGAUUUACAAUUGUUUACAAUUUUUCCGGAAGCAAUCGGCCAUUGGGAGGAGGGGGCAACUUCACGUAUGUAUUUAUUAUUUUUUUCUUUUAAUUGAAAUUUAAAUUGUUCCAUAAUUAUGUGUUACGAAUAAAACUGUAGAAGUAUUAAAAAUCUAAUAGCGUUUUUCUGAGUAAAUUAUUAUUACAUAAUAAUUAAUUUUAAUACGUUUAACUAUUAAACAAUAUAAUAUUAUAAUUCGCACAAAAUAAUAAUAAUAAAUACAAAUAAAAAACGUAAAGAAAAAAAAAACUGUUAAAUACAUCAUUAUACAUUCAUAUAUUUUGCAUUAAAAUAAAUUAUGCUGUUCGGGACCAAAUUGCCUGGGCAAAGUACACUUUCCCCGAUAUUUCGCAUUGCCCGUAACACAUACAUAUUGCACAAAGCGGCGUAGAUAGAAUAAGUGGGGUUUGGGGCUUCAACACCUUGGGGUUCCUUGAAUCCUCGGGAAUGGAUCGAAAUAGAUUUCCUAAAACAUAAUCGAUCGUAAAAUCGACGACAACUGCAAUGCUAGAUUAUUAUUAUUAUAAAUAAGUUUAUGCGUUUACAGAUACCCGUACGUGUUCGGUCAGAUAUUCUGUCAACUCCGCGGGCUUUUCGCGGAAAUGUCCGCCAACGCCACCGUGCUGACCAUCACGGCGUUUACAGCCGAAAGGUACGUGGCCAUUUGUCAUCCGUUCAUGGCGCAGAGCAUGUCGAAACUGUCCAGGGCCGUGAAACUCAUAGUGGUCAUAUGGCUGGUGGCCGUAUUAUUUGCCGUACCUCAGGUGAACUUUACCGUCAAAUUAUCGACUAUUACAACAACAAAAGAAAAAAAUCGAAAAUUAUGAAAUCAUUACAAAAAAUUGCAUGAAAAAUAAAAAUAUAAACUCCUCAAAAUACCAACUAAAUCCAAAUAAAAAAAGCUCUUGUAGUUUUUGAUUAGAGCAAGAUGUUUGGUAGAAAAUUUGUUCACAAACACAAACAAAAUUCACACAUAAUACAUAUUAUAGUAAAAUCGCUUUAAUAUAAAAGCAAAUUAAGUGUAUUAAACUGCAUGUUUGUUUUUUCAAAAUAAAUGAAUCCCCGAAAUUUUUUUUUCAGUUUAUCCCUCCGUUAAAUUCACUUCAAAUAAACUACUGAUCGAGAAUAUUCUGGGAGUAGAUACAAAAAAUAUUCUCACAAAAUUGUUUGUUUUUUUUUUUUUUUAUCGUUAAUAGAACGCGAUAACGUAAUCAUAUUUAGUUAAAAAUACGUGUUUUGUUAUUUUUAAUUGAAAUACGAUUUAUAAAUUAUUUUAAAUACAAUUUGUUCACAAAGAAUAUCUACUGAAACAUAAGACUUAAGGACUGUUAUCUAUUUCAAGUACCUACCAACAAAAUAGAUUUUGUUGAUCAACUAUCACAUAAAAGUCAUAUGUUCUUAAUUUUAACUUCAAUAACAAUAAUAUAAUAUAUUUAUAAUUGUUUGUUUUUGUUUAAUAUAAACGUGUAAUACUAAGUCACUUGUUAGUAGUAUCAUUAGUUAGUAAUACAACUAUUGAUUGAUAAGGCAUGACAACAAUAUUGUCUUAUCCAGAUUUAGUACUCAAUGAGUUAUUAUUUAUUCCUGUAAUUUGUAGCUGUACGUGGCUUCUAACAGGACUCUUCUAAUAGGUGUCGCUGGAUUGAACGGUCUUACGUCCGGAGUUCGGGCUGUUAUGGAGGAGUGGCCGUGUACCUAUACAAUUACACUGAAAUAGAGUUUUGUACGUCGUAUUGAAAAUAUAAAUGUAUUGGCACGGUGUUCCGCAUCGCGGGAUUCGUUUUUACGACAUAUACGCGAGCGAAAUUUAGUUUUUUUUUAUAAUGAUUUCAAAUUAAGUUUUUUUUAUAAUUCUGUUUUGGCGCUUUUUUGUCUGUAUUUGUAAUAUUAUUUGGUAAAAUGUUCGAAUCCCAUCUGAAUUCAAAAUUCAUAUGCGAUAAAUCACCGAGUUUUCCAUUCAUCUGGCGGGGUGAUUGAAUAAUAAUUGUUGACAAAAAAUUGUUCACACAAAUCAUGAGCUUAUUUUCGAAAGAAAUACGAUCGAUUUUCGUAAUACCUGUCUAAAACUCCGAAUAAAAUAGCUGUUUAUCGCGAAUUUUCGGUUUCCAGACGUUCGAAAUGUUUAAAAAAGUGUAAAAUUCAAUUUUGAGACUACCGGACACUACCUACGUCCAUUUUAGACUACAACGUUUCUGUUUUAUUAAUAACCUUUUAUCCGCGUCUUAUAUAUUUAAUUACUCUAAUAGCUCGAAUAAUUAAUAAGUAGCUAGGUAUAUAAUCUUUACUAAAUAAUAUAAUAAACAGCAUUAUAAAUAUUUCGUGUCCGACUGAAUAGAGAAAUACGGAGAGUAGGUAAUUACGUAUAGUAAGACAUUAGCCCCAACUGCAUAAUGCAGCAUUUUGAUUGGUUGACCUUUUAUCUAUCUAUAUUCAUGGACCGCCAUUCUGAAUAUUAAUACUUAUUAUUAUUAACAUUACAAUGUUUUUCUGAAAAAAAAAAUCAAUUACGUUUCGAAAGUCGUAUGGUAUACAGACAUCAUAUGAUUACAGUAUUAACAAUAAUUUAUUCAUUGAUUAGAAAACCUUUAGGCCAUACUGAUCGAAAAUACAAAAUAGUGGUCCAAGUGAUAAGCUGAGUUUUUCACUUUCUUACUAUAUUGGACUCUCUAUGAAUACAAACCAAAACAAUUGAUAAUAAUAAUAAUAAUUGCCGUGUUAUGGUUUUCGAAAAAAAAAAUGUAAUUUUUUGUGUUUUUGGUUUGUACUAGAAUUAAAUAAACAGGAAUAUACAAGCAAAAUAUUUUUACGCAUAUACAUUUCAUACCACGGACUAAGAUAUACAGGACCGGAAACAAAUUCUUUAUCUAUGAAACCAGAAUAUAUUAAUGUUAUAUAAUACUAAUUGGAAAAAUAUCGAAUUUAACGUCAUCUAUGAGUCAUUCACUGUCAUAUAAAUAGUAAUAAAAUCUUGACAAUGUAAGCUAAUAGUUUUAUAUUUAACUACAAUAGAAAAAAGGUUUUAUAGUAAAAAAUUAAGUUGUGACUCAUUUGGCACACUUUUUUUUCUUCGAAUUAAUUUAAAAAUAAUAAUAUAAUAUAAGUUGUUUAUGCCCUCAACAACCACGUAAACAUUGAUUUUAUUACUAUAAAGUAGCAAAUAAACUAUUAUCAAUAGAUGAAUCUAUAUUCGCAAUUGAACCACAAGCGGCACAAGCAAUACACUGAAGUUUUGCCCCCCUUACUACUCCCGCCUUUGGUUUUCAGUUCUGUAUGUCUUGGUCUGGGGCACACCUCAAAUUUGAAAUAAACGAUAAAACCAUGGGAAGAUCAAUGAUACGAUAAAAAUCAAUUUAAAAUAUCACGGUGAUUAUACCGUUUCUUUCAAGAACAAAGGACCACAUGCGCAAUGAUAAGGGAAACGUGCGUAUGUUUAGUGGCAUGUCUGUUUAUUUAAUCAUUGUGAUUUGUAUUUUCUUUUCGUAAACGUUUAACAGUGCAACAGGAAAGAUUCAAUUAAAAAUAAAAAAAAAACAUUAUUAUUUUUAAAACACAAAAACUAACCACCGACUUCAUAUGAUAUAUACAUCACGCGUCUUAUUCGUUGAUACAAAAGCUUUAACGUUUCAGGUAUGUACUUACUGAUGCCUAAAAGAAAAUCUAAAUAAUACCGUUUUAAUAAAUCGAAUUCCGACUCAAACCCAUGUAACAAGGUCGUUUUGCAAAUUCGGUGAUUACGGUUUUAAUCCCGCAGUACGAAUACCAAUUCGAACAUAAAUGCAUUUGAUUUGUAUUUGAAACGUGACAUAUCCAUUUCGAAAUCCGACAGCAGAAUAUUUAUAUUGCACUUACUUCGUAUCAUGUCGAUUUAAUGCCGUUCUGAUGAGUUUUACUCGAUUUUCUUUUUGUGUCACAUUCAUAUACAAAACGUAUUGGGUGAUAAAUAUGUUUUACUAUAACGAUUUUUAUUAUUUUUUAAUGUUCAACUAUAUACAGAACACAGUUUUCAUUGUAUACGAUUUUUAGGCUAUUUUUUUAUUUUCUCUUACUUAUGCAGUGUGACGGAGAUAUCAAAGAUUGAAAUUGACGCCGCAAUUUUAAUUUUUAAGGUAGAGAGGUGAAAAAAUAACGAAUUUCCGCAUAUUUAUGAUAUUUUUAUUUACCAUGAAAAAAAAAUUAUUUGCAAGACCGAUUUAUUGCGUUCGUGCACGGAAAUAUAAUGGAAGCGCUCGCUAAUGUUCAUUCUUUACUUUCUCCAACAUUUCCACUGGAAUUUAAGAGAUUUCACGCCUAACUUCGUCUUUAAAUCCAGAAGAGUUUCCGGCUUAUUGACAUAAAACUUUGACUUCAGAUACCCCAAUAGGAAAAAGUCACAGGGGGUGAGCAGGGUGUCCAUUGAACGGAGACCCGCGCCACAUUUCCUUGUGUCACCAUGGGUGGAUUACGGUUAAGCAUCUUUGGCGCCACAUUACCGUGUUCUCGAAAAUCCUUAACUCGCUACAAAAUCUAUCGGCGGCGGUCGGGCACGAUUACACGCGGGGGGAGACCGAAACGUGUGACGGCCACGAUUGAAUCGUUGUCACGUAAAAACGUCUCCACGGCGAAGUCUAACUACACAAUGAGAGGUUUGGAGACGCUGUGCGACAUCCCCGCCCGAAGCUACGUGAAUUACAAACGUAGUAUUAUAAUCUCCACCACUCUAUGUGCCAAAUAAAACUGCCUAAUAUACUACUUGUCAACUACGUCGGUCGUGAUGUGAACACCCAAUAAUCGUUCACUGCAAGUCGAAUGUACGACAAUUAUUGGCAUAUUUAGCAAGUACGCCAAUCAUGGAAACGCGGCUUGGGCGUAUCAUUUGUAUUUAUUAUUUUAUAUCAAGUGCACAAUGUAAUAAUAUUAUAGCCUAUAAGAUAGCGUUUCACGAAGAAUUCCUGAUUAUUAUUUUCGCGCCGAAAGACAAAUAUUAUUAUGUUAAGUUUCUGUGACGUCGAGGAAAUCUCUGUUUUUACGAGUAACGAAAUUGCGUUAUUAAUAUUGUUGUCUGUACUAGGGCGAAAUAAAUAAUUUAAAAAAUUCAAAUUACAAUAACUGUACUCUAGGAAUGUAUUCUUCGAGAUUUAGUUUUGGAUGAUGGUAACAAUAUAAUCUAUAGACACCUAAUACUGUUAUUAGAGAUUGAUUUUAAUUUUUACAUAACAUUAUUAUUAUGUAAUAAUAUUAUUAAAUCGGCGUUACAUGUGGCGUAGCUAAUUGUAUUGGUUUUAUCCUCUCAAACUGUAAGUUACUAUUAAGAUCGAACAAGUUAAUACCGAACAAUAUUAGUUCUUAAUAAUGAAUAAAGUAAAUCGAUUAAAAAAAGUUAACUAGUUAAAACGUUAAAAGUUGUACAAUUAUUGUUUUAUUAAUCUACCGAGUCAAGUCAAAAGUUAAUUUGAAAACUUAAUUGACCUUUGGUAAGUUACAUGUUUUACUGUUUUUUUUUUUUUUUUGUAAAUUUGUUAUAAUCAUAUAGUAUUUGUAACGAAAGUGAUUAAACUUAAAGUUCAUUCGGAAAUUAUAGGAAAAUGGACGAUGAGUGGGCGAAGGGAGUCUAUUCUACAAAUACCAACUCAUGCAUAUUUAUGUUAAUCUCGGAAUUCCACACUUCUUAGUUGAAUAAAAAAAAUCAAUAUACCUAUUUAUUUACAAUCUUAUAGGUACUCAAAAAGGGGUAUAAAUUGUGAAUUUAAAAUUGUAUUGGUAUUUUAUUAAUACAAAAAAAAAAAAAAACAAUAAUAAUAAUUAAAAACAUUUUAAUCUGGUAUAGACUAAAAUUAACUGUAAAUUAACCUUAAAAAUAAAAAUAUAUUUCAUAAUAUUUUAAACAAUUUCAAUAAAACUACAUAAAUAAUAUCGUGGAAUAUUAUUUUCAGACAUAGAUACUUAUAAUAAGUAUCGUUUUUUUUUUUUUUUUUGAAGGCAUAUUAUGUUUAUUUACCAUCACGUAGUUUUCAUUAGCGGAUAUAAGGAGAUGGCUAUGAGGAUUUAUAUCCCUUGCUCAGCAUGUGGGACUCAGCACUUACAAAAUAAGAGACUUGCUCUAAAUUAUAUAAAUUAUAACUUGUAUUAAAAAUACAUUUUUAAUAUAAUAUAUGAAAAGUUAUUUUUUUCAGGUCCUCUCCCUAUCUAAUUCAUAGAAUCACACCUGGUGGUUAUGAUUUUUUUUUUUUUUUUUUUGAAAAAUGAAGGUCAGGCGAGAUAUUGAAUUCGAACACACAUGACAAAACAUUCGCACGGAAUUUCUAAUUUUCACAUGUACAUAUUAUAAUUAUUUAACGGUUCUGAUAAUAUCGAAAAAUAAUAUACACGGCAGUUUCUCCACAAUUAUUGGUUCUCAACACGAAUUCGAUCAUUUUAAUUUUGCCUAGGCAAUCAUUAUCAUUAUUUUCUUGAAUUUCCUCCUCCUCCAUAAUUUGUUCCACGUGUAAUAAUUAUUCACGAUAUUUUGUCUUUAAAUGUCCUAAGUCGCUUCCCUCGAGAUUUGUAAUUUCCAUCAAUAUAAGAACAUAAUAUAAUAAUAUGCUGCUAUAAAUACUAUACGAUUUUUAUAUUAUUAAAAAAUAAUAAACGGUAAUCUCUCAAUAAUCUGUUCUCGAAACGAAUUUGAUUGUUUUAAUUUGAUCUCUGAUAUUCCUUCUUAUAUUAUUAUAAUAGUUUUUAAAUUUCCAAACUGAAUUUUCAUUUCGACAUAACGAAAAAACCUUGUCCUUGUCUCGCAUAAUAUUAUAAUUACAGUAGCUUGUAUCACAUUGCUCGUGUUUAUAAUAUAAUAAUAUUAUGAUCUCUCGUCCGAUCCGAGCGUACAAUAAUCUCCGAGCACAAUAAUUAUUAUGAUAAUAUAUACGAGAGUUGUGCUAAGUCUCGAGACAGUCCCGUCUGGCCCGUUAGUUAUUAAUCGUCGUUAAUAAACGGCAUUGUCGUUUAAAACGAUGUUGAUCCUGUACUUUGUUCGGCUCUUGUCCAGCGCAGACUGAAACGCGGCAUAAGUAAUGUCGAUUCGUAUGAAUAAUUAUUGUCGUCGAGACGAUAAAACAUUUUACAGAGACUUCCAGUCGUCUGUGAAUUCGAUUAAUUUUGCCGUGAAAUAAAACGACGCGAAUAACAACAAUAAUUACACAGCUGAAUAUCGUAAGGUGGCAAAUGUUAAAUACCAAGUAAUAAUUUAUAUCCGCGCAUUUAUGUUCCGUCGUUUACUGCAGUAUUGAUCAGAGCUUUUUAAAAUACGGUCUGGUUUUACGUUACUUUAUUUUAAAAACGUUAGGAGACUUUUGCGUUUUAAUAAGUUGUUUAUAAUGAAACAAUAAUGUAAAAACAAAAAUAUUAAAAUAGCUGAUACUCGUGUAAAUAAAUAUAGUAACUAAAUAUAUAAACGAAAAUGUAUACAUAAAAAUAAAAUUAACGAAUUAAUGAACGCGUCGCCUGGAGUAUUCUGAAAAGUGUUAUUAUACGACCGGUUUCGAAUUGAAAAUCCAUCAUCGGGUACAUCACAGUCAACAUGUAAAACGCAACCGUUACUUAUCAUGAUACUCCAGACGACGCAUUCGUUCAGAUACUUAUUUUAUUUUUAUAUGUACAUUUUUUUAUUUAUAUUAAACGUUUACUGGUUUUGUUUGUUUAACCCGUUAUUUAAAAGCCGGCAUUUCGGGAAGGAGCUACAGAAACAACCGAAACUUUUUCGGUAGAUUUUCUCUUUGCGAUUUUCGUUAUUCGACUUUACUGUCAUUCCGUAGUACGGAAAUAUUCCCGACGGUUCUGCGUACCUAUUAUACAAAUAAUCGUAACGUGACUAUAACGUUUCCGAGCCCUGCAUUUAUUACGAUAAUAUCGAUUGUGGCUCUUAAAAGAUUCUGUAUAGUCGUAAAUCGUGGUUUUCGAAAACGCACCGAACAAGAAUAAAAUAAAAUACAUAUUAUACAUCGGUGGAACAGUAUACGGACGUAAGUUCCGUUAAUGGGUAACGGCACGCGUGUGUAUACGAGUGCCUAUACAGUAAACCGCAUCGUAAGUCACUGAGUAAACUCGCGUCUAUAUAGGAUUAUACAAAAUAUAAUAAUGUACAGAAGACAUUGUGAAAUUCAAGCCUACACAUACGCCGACCGAAUGUUUACCGGAAAACUCAACACAAAAACGUAACCCUAUAUCCGCGUUGUUUGAAUCGGCUGCGUAAAGUACACGAGCGAAAUUGAUUACACGCACAAUAUUUGAUUGCGGAAGACAAAAUAUUAAUAAUCUCUUAAACUCGCUUAAACGUUAUUACAGAUUCGUAAAUCCCGUAAAAUUAAGUUUAUAUCAGCCAAAGACGAGGACACGAUACUAUUGUCUGUAUGAUGUACGGCGGGAUGUACAUCGGUUUUGUGAGUUUUUGAAUAUUACAAAUUCGUAUUUUAAUUUUGUUGAAUUUCAAAAUUAAUUUUACAAAGACGUUUAUUUGUAUUUAUUUUUUUAUGUGAACAAUUUUUCUACCAGAAAGUUUACUCUGAUGUACACGACGUAGGCCCUUUUUUGAAACGAAAUUUUCUCGGGGCGAUAGCACGUUUUCUAAAAAUAAACCUGACUGGGAAAGUACUCUAGGGAGGUCGAUUUUCCAAAAAUUUUUCCCAGCAAAUGUGAAAAACCAGGGAAAAACAGUACAAUAUGAAAGAAAAUAUAUAAUGCCUAUUAAAUUGCAUAAUAUCACAUAUAUAUUGUUGAAAAAAGCGUCACUAUCAACCGAACUCCGCUCAGAAUAAUCUUUAGUGAGCAACGGUUUAUCGUUGCUUACAGAUACAAAAUUAAUUUCCCCUCUAUAUCCUACCUUCCCAACUUCUCACCAAUAACAGUGUCUGCACCCUUCCCCAUUAUCCUGGGACAGAUACCACAGGUAUUGAUUCCGAAACCAGCCCAUGUUAUUCGUAUACUUCCCGAUGUCCAGUGCAUUGUAUCUUAAUUCGUGUACGGCACUGUAAUUAUACACCAUUUCUGGCGUAUCGAGAUGGCUGAUCCAAAAAUGAAUGGAUAUAUUUUUGAAAAAUAAGUGCCCCCUCACCGUGAAUUUAGUGCCUUAGGUUUUUGGUCCCGGCACGUCCGUAAUUUUAAUAAUAAUUCGUUAAGUUAAUUUUAUAUAAUCGUAAUUUACAACAUUAUUUGUUUCGUAAGGAUAUAAUUUAAUUAAUUAUUAGUUUUAUUUGUUAACGACUUUCAAUUUGUUAUACAACAAUUAUAUAUUAUGGUUUCUUUUUUAUCAUGAUUAUUAUGAAUUGUUUUAAACAUGUACAUUAUAUUUUAGAUUCCGAGCGUAGCGAGGGAGCUAUUGGUUUUACAACGCUGUUUAUUUCUUUUUUUCUUCUUCUUCUAGUCUGUGGACACGUUUUUUUCCGAGUAAACUCUCUCCAAUUUGAAGAGGUCAUUUUUUGAUUUUCGACAACAUUUUUGAAAUAAAAGCACUUAAUUGGAGAAAAAACGUAGGAAAAGUACAAUUUCACAAUUUCAUAAUUCUAUAAAAACACGAACGUCGUUUACCAGAAAAAUUGAUUUAAUCGAAAAAUCUCAAAAUACUUUUUUUGUUGCCCUUUUGAUUUACUUUCUUAUGAUUCUUAUUCAUAAAACUUUAUAGCCAGUUUUGAGCUUUUAAGGAAUUUUAAUUUUUGUAGCUAGUUUUCCGUGCACAAACGCGUUUAGAUUAAAUUUAUCGAAACGGCAAAAAACGAAUCGAACAAUAAAACUGAAUUUAAAUGUAACUAAUGUAACUAAAUUAAUUAUUUCAAGAUGGACAUUUUAUUACAAAUUAGAUAUUUUUUUGGUUUUUUAACAUUUUUACACCCAUCCCCAGGCAGUGCAGUUCACCGUCGCGCCAAUGAACGAUUCCGAUUCUACGGACUUGAUGCAGUGCAACCUCCGAUCCAUACAGGUGAUGGACGUCGAACUAUCCACGGUGUCAUUUACUGUGUCCACGGUACUGUUCUUCGUGCUGCCCAUGACGUUCAUCACAGUGCUUUAUGUGCUGAUCGGACUCCGUCUCCGGCGCACCGACCGACUGAAGCGCACAGUCACUGUCCGGUCAUCCUCGGGCGAGAAAAAAAUCUCGUCACUCGAGUACAGAGCCAACUCGUCAUCCAAAGUGCUUAAAAUGCUCGGUGAGUGCAGAUUCAUACGUAGCUAUUGCGCUUUUAUUGUAUUCUUAUUUUUCCAAUUUAAACCGACAACAAUGAGGUAUCUGUAAAAUUCAAAAUGCUUCUCAUUACUGUCAUAAUUUAUUAUUUAUGAUACAAUUAUGAAUAUACACUAUACAGAGUGAUCAGCAUAACGUAAGAGACUCAUUAUCCCGGAAAAUAUCAACUUUUUUCGGAAUUUGUUUUUUAGAUCAUUUAAGAAAUGAGUAAUUCUUAAACGUUACAUUUUAAUUUUUUUUGCCCUUAUUUUAAGGAGUGAUACCACUGCCUACUUUUAAUUUUUAAAAAACAACCAAUUUUACAAAUUGCAUAAAUACAUAAUAUAUGGAGUGUAAAUUUAAAUACAUUUUGCUGUUGAAAUAUCUGAUUUUCGUCAACCCGUUAAUGAGAUUUUCCACUCUUGAGUUUAGGUAGGGGGAGAGUAGUAUCUAGUGGAACAUUAUUAAAACGCCACGUGCCAUACCACUACACAAAUGAUGCACCACUACUGCCCCUCUCCCCCGACGAAACUUAAAAGUGGAAUAUCUCGUCAACGGGUUUACGAAAAUUCAAAAUUAACUUAAACUAAUACUGUAUCGAUUUACGGAAGUUUUUCAUAAAGGUUUCAUUUGAAAAUUAAAAAUAGAUAAUAGUUUUACCCUUAAAAAACAAGCGUGACAAAAAAUAAUAGUUAUAUAACAUUGCAGAGCAAGACUUAUUUCCUAAAUUUUCUAAGAAACAAAUUGCAAGUUACUACUUUCCGGGACAAUGGAUAUCUUACGUUAUGUUGAUCACCCUGUAUACACUAAAUCCUGUUUUCGCCUUCGCGGGGAAGGUUCACAUAAAACAAAUAUACACUUAAACAAAACAAGCAUAUAAGUGCCCGUCGCAUCUCCUUGCAUUAGACAUUACUUAUGCUAACGCAUCCUACGUCGGCGCUACAGUUUUCGUGGGCCAGUUUUCGAAAACCCACCAUCCUGAAAGCCCAUUCUACUCAUCCUCUUCGUGAUCCAAUCAAAGGAGCUGCCGGCACGGUCGAAAUCCCGUUCCAAAUCCUCUUUUGCUGCCCGGUAACGCAAACACCAGCUGACCUGGACACUGGUAUCUAUAUCGACUGACCGAAAGUCUCCAUUGGACUUUAGUCUUUAGCACUUAUGACUUACUGUCCAUUUUUAUUUUUAGAUUCUGAGCACGUUUUACUAUAUAUACAUAUUGACGGUUCUUUGUUAAAAGGACGACUAUCGAAUUUCACUUUUUUUUAGGAAGCAAAAAUGUAGUAUACGCCCUUUUAACAAAUUAAUGGUGAUUUGAUUGUAUUUCAAUAGGGCGUCUGGAUAUCUCUUGAUAGACAUUGCCAACUAAAUUUUCUGUAUUUAAAUACGCCCUUUUAACGGUUUAUUCUCCUAAUUUUUCUGAUUUUUUUAUACCAAAAACAUAUUUUUCGAUUUUUAGUGGUAUACGCCAUUUUAACAUAAUGCCAUCGACAUUAUAUAUGCUCUUUUUUUUUUUUUAACUAUAAACAACUAUCUUACCAGAAAUUUUGCUCCGAUUGUGUAAAAUCUUUUUCGAAAACAAAUUUUGUCUAAUCGGUGAUAUUGAUGAGUACAUUUUUCUUUGUAGUUCUUUUAAUAAUUUGUAAACCGUGGGAAGAAACCUUAGGAAAAAUGGGCAUAUUUACAGCAAUUUAACGGUUCUGUAAUUGUUGAUUUUGUUGUAAUUCGAUUAUAAGUAAUCGAAAGAUAUUUAAACUUUUUCAAAAUACUUAUAUUAGACUUUUCCAAACGUACACAAAUUUUAAAAUUAUUCCCGUGACUUAUGAGAUAUUAUUACAGGCGUUUAACAUUUUCGAUUUUUUUAGUUUUUAUUCGGUUUUAUUUGAAUAAAAUUGUAUUGGCCGAAAAUUAAUGCUUAAAACAAUGUUGUAUUAUUAUUGUCAGUUGAUCAUUAACUAUUCAGUGUCUUUAAUAUUUGAGUAUCUAUAAGUAAGUGCACAGUUUUGUACGUAAAUACUUAACAAUGUAUGUUUCAACAAUUUAACAAAACUUUAAAAAAACUUUAAUUCAAAUAUUUGGUUUCAUUAAAAUUUAUAUUUAGAAUAUGUGUGCCGCAAAGAUUUGCAGCAUUAUAAUUUGGCACUAACCUUUGUAAAUAAUUCUAUGGCCAUCAUAAUCCGUCAUGUAUGACUUGCAUACAACUAGUAUGGAAACAAUAUAAACAACCUCCACAGCAAUAUUAUAUUAUAAUAUUAUGUUUGUGAAUAACGCCAGACGGCGCGUGGUGGUGUACGUGUAUACAGAACAAGAUUGAGGAUCAAACAAAUUGUCGAGGCGUUGGCGUUUUUGUGGAAGGGGUACUGUGGAUUUCCGCCCAAAAGAACACAUUUCUAUAAUUAUUAGUGGCCUUUAGACGAACUUAACUGUCUAAAUUGUGAUAACGCACAAGUCGUAAAUACGUUAAAAGAUUAUUAUUAUUUUUAAUUUCUUCAAAAAGAUAAUGAGGCCCACUGAACAGGUUCGUGUGGGUACCAUAAGUUCACAAUUUAUAACAAGUAAAAUAUUACAAUCAAAUAAUAAUUAAAAUUUAACUUUUUUUUUUUACAAUUUUAGACUUAUAUAACUAACUUAAACAUAUACAAUGUAGGUUACAAUAAUUAAUAUAUGGAGACUUAAUGUAUAAUACAGUUAGAUAAAAUACAAAUGCAAGCAUCUAGCUUAAAGGUAUACAAAUAUUUUAAAGUUUUAAAUUUGGUUUAUUUUGCAGCCAGUAAGUUAUUUUAUUAUUUUUUUUUUUUUCAAUAAUAAACGAGAGAGUUGUUUUGAAAUCUAAUGGUAGCAUAUUAUAUAUUUUUGGUCCUAUUUAUAAGUAAGUAGAUUGAUUUAGUUUUCUGUGCAUUAAGAGAACAGUAAUAUUUGUUAAUUGCCUUGUGUUAUAUUCAUGAUCAAUACUUGGUGUAAGGUUAUUUUUAAUUAUAUAAAUUACUGAUGCAUUAUAUAACAGUUUUUUUAAUGAUAGAUUUUUUAAUUCGUUGUACAGAUAUUCUGUGUGAUACAAAUGAUUCUUUUUUAAAAUAAUUUAUAUUAUUCUAUUUUUUAAUUAUUUUUAAUGGAUUUAUAGUGUUGUAUCGUAGGCAACGCCUCAAAUAAUAAUACCAUAGUUAAUGGAUUCUACUAGACCUUGGUAUAUAACUCUAAUUUUCUUAAUUUCAAGUAAAUUAGCUAAAUUUUUGAAAGCAUAUAUUAUUUUCUUAGUUUUAUCGUUGUCGGUUUAAUGUGGUCAUGCCAUUUUAGGAUAUAACACAUUUCAAUGUCUAAGUAUUUACAAAAUUUUACUAUUUUUAAUGAAAUUUGACAUGUACACAAUUUUGGAUUCGAGCAUUCAUGUUCGUGAUUACACAGGCUGGUUAUAUCUGGUGGGUUUGAAUUAGUUACAUAGUGUGGUAUUAAAUAAGUUUUAUCAACAUUUAAGAAUAGGUUUUAUUUGCACAUAACCAAUUAUUGGUUUUUUCUCAGGUCAUCUUGUAUGAAUGAAAUUUCUUUGUCCCACAUAUUGAUUGUGUUUCUAGACUUAAUGAAUUAUUAAUACAAACUAUUUUUAUUCCUAUUUUUUAAAUACGAGCUUAAUGAAUCGUAGGCAUCGACUUUGUAUGGAUUGGAUAGGUGGAUAGGUUUUUGAACGGUUAGUAAUAUCUUUAAUUAUUAUAAUAUAAAUAUUAUAUUAAAAUUGAAUUAUCCGUUAAAUAAAAAAUAUAUAAGUCCAGUGAAAGUCCAGUGAAGCAAAAACAUAAUUUAAAAAAAAAAAGAUAUUAUUUACACGGGAUAUCAAAAUGAAAUAAAUUGUCUCUAAUCAUCUGGAUAAAAUUAAUAUUUAUAUACGAUCAACAGGUGUAUAAUAAUAUAAUAGCAUUAUUAGGAUUUGGAAAAAAUUGAUCGAUUCUGCUGUUAGCAACAUGGACCGUCAGUUCAUUAGUCUGUUUGUAUUUUAUGCUCAGCGUUUAACGAAGUAGCUAUUAGUUUUACAAGGAUGUGUUUUUUUUCUCCAAAAAUCAUUUUUUAAUUAGUAAAAAUGAUACGAUUUUUUUAUGGCAUACUUAAAAAUAUGAUGCGAAACAUCCUGCUAUUGGUACUUUAUUUAAACGUUUAAACGAUAUUUUCAACAAAUCAUACUAUCUUGGUCAAACUUUUUUUUUUUUUGUUGAUUUCUACAGUUACCUCGGAAACAGAAGGGAAUAAACGACCCAUACUACGCAUCGCUAAGAAUAGUUUUUCGUCUCCAAAUGAUUUAUUGUUUCGUGUUUUUCUUCUCCCAACUAUUUGGAGUCUCCCACCCUCGUCCAUUUAACCCAAUCAACCACAUCAUCCUUGCAUGCACUGACUGUCAUCAUAUCGUUUUCAAUCGCAUCCAACCAUCUCGCCUUUGGUAUUCCUCUCUCCUCUUUCCUCCUGCGUUUAUUUGCAGCAUCAUUUGCAAACCAUUUUAUUCUAUAUCCCUAAUUUUUCCUCUAUCGAACCAGGUCUAUGUACUAUCUCUUAUUGUCCUUUCUCCUUAUCCUAUCGUCUGUUGCCAUUCCACUAAAUAAUUCUAAGCAUUCUCAUCUGAUAUUAUCGAUUUAAUUUUUAUUUUUCUUGUAAUACAGUUCAAAUAAUCUAGAUCUAAUAAUCUCAAUAAUCUAAUAGAAGCCUAUUAUAUUCCAAAAAUAUCUAGUUUUUUUAGUUUUAUUUGGUUUCAUAUAGGUUAUUGUGUUGAACGAGCAGAAUAGUUUAAAAAUUUAACAAGAAGUUCAUCAUAAGUUAUAUUUAAUGUUAAAAAAGUUUGGUAAAUUGUUCUUUUGUAUGCAUUAAAAGUUCAAAAUCACGAAGUUUCGAAACACAGUUUAACCGAAUUUCGCUCAGAAUCCUAUUUCAUCAGCAAUAACAUACCGUUUCAUACAGAUAUAAAGUAAACAAUGUUAUUUAACCUACUUCCCACCUACAACGGUAACACAACCUUCAGCAGUAUCAGGGCUUUUUUUUUUCUUAAAUUAUAUCUAUUUAUAGAACGCCAAUUCUACACCGUAUUUGAUAAAAUGAUAAUCUAAAAACAAUAAUAAUAAUAAAAUCCGCUCUAUACACUUUAAUGUGUACAAUGGAAUGAAAACCAAUAAUAAUUUUAACUAUAUACUCGUGAUGUUCAAACAAAAUUAAAAGAAAAAACAUACCUAAUAACAUCACAAUAUGUUGUGUGUAUUUCGAAGCCUGUGAUUUUUAACGACUACAAUAUAGUACAUCAUAAAAUAAAAAUAAUAAUUAGAAAGUCCAGGAAGCGGUUAUUUUUAUGAUGUACCAUAAAACAUCCAAAACGAAAAUCGUUUUUAAAAAUUAACUGCGCAACCUCAUAUACGGUACUUUUGUCACUUAUAUUUCGCUGUUCGUUGUGCUUUUAUGUCACGUUGUUUGUCAGUUUUAUUUAUAGCGGGUACCCACAUAAAUUAAAAAAUUAUAUAUUCUAAAAAGGCGAUCAUCUUCCCGUGACAUCGUAUGCCGUGUCACGUGCGCCUUUUUUCGUGUUCUAAUGGUCCGAUAUAAUCUCGGUAAUAAUCGCGAUAACCAAGACCUGUACCGGAAAAUAAUAUUCUUGAGUUGGAUAUAAUUAUUAAUUAAAUAUGAUAUAAUUCAGAUUUUAUCUCGUUUGGGUUACAAAGAUUUGUCAGUGUUAUCAGCAUGACAGCACUAAUGGGGUAGCCAAGAAGGAAGACAAUGCUUGCUCCCCCAAUGACCGUAUUUUUUAAAUAUUUUUACUAUAAUCGUUCAUAUUUAUAUUACUUUACGGAGAGUGUAGUUUAUAUCAUAUUGCAUUGAUUAAUUAAGCAGGCAAUUUACAAAGAACAGUGUGAUUUUGGGAUUUUUCGGCACCCUCUGUUGACUAUUACUGGCUAAGCCACUGAUUAGCAUUUAUAAUACUAUAUAUUUGUGGACAUGACAUGACUUACACGAUGUUCCUGAAAUACCGCCUUCAAUUUUAUAAUUUCCAACCCGAUCGGUCCAUCUACUUAUUUCACUCCACGCGCGUCUCAUCAAUCAGCCUUUUGCGGCUAUUGCGAAACCCUUCGGCAAUUUUCUCAGGCAAAUAAAUUAUUACUAGGUACUAAUUUGUUACACCAAAAUGGUCCGCGUUUUCUUUUAUUUUUUAUCCAUCCGUCGUUUUCUGUAGGUCAGCCUAUUAAUCUCGUUCCGGUUGAAUUCCAGCCAAAAUGGGGCCAUCUCGUAAUUUCAUCGGGACGUUACUUUUGUCAUGUAUCGCAUAUCGUCAGAAACAGAAACUCGUGGUAAAAAUAAACCCCCCGGUCGUAAUGAUCGCGUGACAGCGUGGAAACAAAGUUGACCAUAAAAGCAAAAUAAAUUAUUGCACACCCUUGCAUACUAUGCAUGAUUUCACAUUUGUUUGGCGUCGUCAUUGUACAAUGUACAACUCCACACCAAAAAAUUGACCGCAGCCAUCCCAUAUUCCUAAAAAUGUUAUUAUAAUGUAAAGCGAAAAAUUAUACUACACAAAUAAAAUGCCUGUCAGUUUCACGGUCUCUUGAUCGCAUUCCUAUACAAAUUUCGCCAAAUCGUUUCCACGAGCCGAUUUGUUAAUGCGGCUGUCCAAGACAGUCUCGUGAAUUUGAUAUUUUUUUUUUAAAGAUAAUUUCCAACUGCAGUAUUCUGUUUUAAAAUAAUUUACGACUUGAAGUAACUAUAUAAUCUGUAUUAACGAUUAUGAAAUAGAUUCAAUAAAAAAAAAAAAAAAACUAUUCUAAGCUCAGUCCAAUUCAUAAUGACGCUUUGUCAACAAUACAUAUGCAUAUUAUGGUCAAAUAAUUGAAUAGGCAUUAAAUAUUUUUUUUAAUAAUAUUUGUAAAAUAUUUUACCAAUUUGUCCCUGUUUUUUUUUCCGAUUUUUCCCAUUAAUUGGAAAAAAUCCUGAGAAAAUCGAACAAUUGCCUUCCUUAAAGCACCUACCCAGCCAGAUUAGAAAAAGUGCAAUAGUUUUAAAAAAAUUUAAAAAAUAAAUAAACAUCUUAAUAAAACCAAUACAUUCUUCGCUACACUCACAAUCUAAAAAUAAUAAAAUUGUAACAAAAUAUGAAACGAUUGCGGAACUAAUGUUUCCAGGCACAAUACUUUUUUUUUUUAGUUAUUUAUACUAUCAUUUGAGGAUUUUACUUAUAUUUCAACAGUUUACUAUAAUUUAGUUACAUUUAUACCGAUAAUGAAGAAAAAGAUAAAUAAGGUAAAAACUAAAUAUAACAGAUAUUAAAAACAAAAAAGUUAAAAUUAAACACUCCAAAAUGAAAUAGAACUCAAGUUCUUUAAUAUCUGUAAACACACAUUAUAGCAAAAAUUAUAACGUUAAAUGUAAAAAAAGUACUAAUGUCUCACAAAAAGUUAUUUAAAAAAGUUAAAAAGUUUUUUUCUUGAAAAUUUGACAAAUAAAUUAGAAUUACGGCAUCAUAGAACCAAUAGACAACUAAUUAUCUCUACAAAGAACAACAAAGUAACGAAAUAUCCAAAUAAAGUAUUUGUAAUGUGAAGCAUAAUUAUUAAAUAUAGAUAUUGUCAGUGUUCUAAAUCUUUUAAAAUGGCUUUACUAGUUUUCCCAUAAAUAAAAUAAUAAAUUAUCAUUGUUGAAAAAUAACUGAUGUCUCCAAAAAUACUUAAAGAGCAAAUACAAAGGCGUGUCUGAAAAGAAAACGAUGGCAUGCUCUCCAAAAAAAAAAAAAAAUCAAAUCUGCAUCGAAAAUUGCUUUGAUUGAUAUCAACAUUUACCAAGCGUUUAUUAAUAUUUUCAAUUUCUAUUCCUUCGUUUCCCUAGACUUCCUACUUUUAUCAAACUUAUGUCAACUUGACCUUUGUUAAGUAUUUCUCGCAAAUAAUAUUUUACUAUAAACAUUUAACAAACCUUUAAAAAAAAGCUUGUUAUUUUUAAAUGUACAUGUUCGUAAAAAUGUUAAUAGAUAUAAAAAUGAAAUUGUAUUUUGUGAGUUGUCAUUUAACAUUCAAUAGUUAAUUACAAUAAUGUCGAACGCAAUACAACUUAGUUUAUAAAUAUAUUUUUUAUAUUAUUAUUUUAUAUAAAUAAUUUAAAUCGAUUUAAAGGGUGGACAGUAAAUUCAUUUUUAAAGGUUUUUUGUUUAAAAAGAAAAAAAAAAAAACAUUAAAAUUUUAAUUAAAAUAUAUUAAUCAUUUGUUUAUCUCUUAAAAGAAAAUAUUGCUUAUUGUUAUAUUUGUUUCCGACGCAGUAAUGCGUGUCAUUAUGAAAAAAUAACAAAAAAGAAACAAAAGUUUAUUAUUGAACCGUUUCCUUUUAUUCUACUCGGCUAUUUAUAAAUUUUAAUGGACAACAAACAUAUAUAAUAUUUUAUACGAUUACUCGAGCUUACGUCGUUUAUUUCGAUAGAUAUGUAUUAAUAAGAAGGAAUCUAAUAUUGGUCAGUAUAAAAUAUAAUUACAACAAACGAUUGUAGAUGAUAAUUAUAAAAGAAAAUAUAGUUGUGACAGAUAUAAGAAGGUACAAUUCAAACGUAAACUGCUGAUAUUUCUGAUAGAUAUUUUAAAACGAUUAUGAAAAAAAACAAUUAAUAGAUAACGCUCGACUUUUUUUUUACAAUUGAGUACAAUUAAUAAUGAACCGUGUUCAAUUUUGGUCAAUCAAUUUUUUUAUGCACAAAAAAAAAUGUAAAAUGACUAUAAAAUUAUGAAUAGCUCGUGAAUCGCCAAACAAUUUGAAAAUUGUACACAGGCUAAUAAGUAUUUUGUACGAAAUUUUGCUCAAUACGAUAAAAUCCAAAAGCGAAAAUAACGAAACCAUUAAUGCCGUGAACUUUCCCGUACUCCAUACGUUUUUUUCCAGUUUUUCCCAUUUAUUUUGAAAACUGGUUGAACAAUCAAAACACGACUUUCGUAAUCACCAACAAGAUCUAAAAUUUAACAAGAAAUAUAUUUUGGCUUUUUUUUAUUAAAGCAAUAUUUCUGGUAGAAAACAUAGUGCGUAAAAACUAAAAACAAUAAAAACGGUAACACCGUAGAGUGCUAUAAAUAUUUGUCCAUAAUUCAUAUACGUUUUUUUCCUGUUUUUCCCAAUUAUUUUGAAAACUCCUUUGUAAAUGACCUCCUAAAUGCACCAAUUAGAUCGAAAAAAAAAAUGUUAGAUGCUAAAAGAUACAACAAAAAUGUUCUCUUAUCAUUUCUAUAUUAGAGUAAACUUUCUGAUCAAAAAUUUAUUUGCAGAUACAAAAAAAUAAAAUAAUAACACUUAAUAAAAAAAUCAAUAGAAUUUUGAUACACUCAGAAUCUAAAAUGAAUAGCAAUUCCAUAUCUUGCUUACUUCGCGUCAUAAACCACUGUUGUGGGUGAGAAGUUCGGAAGAUAUUGGAUUUUGGAUAAUCGAGUUUAUAUGCAGAAAACAACGAUGAACCUUUGCAACUACAAAAACUAUUCUCAGCAGAGCCCACUUAAAUGAUAGUAAAUGUAUAUAUUAUAAUUAAGUGCCUUUAUUGUAACCAAGGAAACCCAGAAAUCGACAAAAAUUACACAAAUUAUUUUCAGUAAUUUAUCGUUAAUUUUUUUUCCAGUUUUUCAGAAAAACUAUCCGGAAUCUAGAAAAACGUUACGGGUAAUCUAAGUACCGCUAAUCAUAAACCGUACAAAUUAGAGAAUUUCACACACCUAAAAAUCUUUUUCAAAUAAACAAAUCUUUGUAAAACGAAUUGAUUUUUUGAUACACUCAGAAUUUAAAACCAUUAUUUAUCAAUUAUGAGUAUUACAAAAUAAUACGUUUUUUCCUUAUUUUGAUUAAAUGUUUUUUUUUUUUUUUUUUUGUAAUCUUUUUGACGAUUUUAUGGUGAUAAAGAGUAUAGUGGUAAAUAAUAAAACUUCACGUCUAUACGAAAAUUGUCCAUUUUAUACGUUGACGUUUUAUUUAUUGCAUGUCUAAACUAACCUAUACUAAGAAGACCGAAGACAUAAUCUUUACAGAUCAAUUUCGAAAUUAAUUGUUACCAAUAAAAUAAUAAAUAUUACCUCAGUAUAGACAAUUGUAUUUUUAUAUAGUUGGAAAAAAGUUUUAAUGAAAACCGUUAAAACUCUCUAAUAUAGGAGAUGACCUUAAUUUUUAAAAUUAAUAUUAUAAAAUAUAUUGAAAUAUUUAAGUUUACUUACAAAUCAAAAUAUAAAUGUAUACUUGUUACGUUUCCCUCCCCCACCACUUUUCAAGCACGUCGUAUUUAAAAAUAAAAGCCCCUUUACGUAUAUAUAUAUAAGCUGAUAAAGGUUCGCCCUAGUUACAGAAUUCCACAUACGACUUUAUAGGUACCAUAAAACUCAGUGGCUAAAAAAUAAUUACAAUAAUAAAGCGUCGUUUCGUUUUCGAUAUCUUUUGUGAACCGUUAAAAAAACCGAACGCAGAGGUAUAUUUUUAAAUACAAGUUAAACGACCAGAUUUCAUUAAAACGUUUCGCAGUAAACAUUUUGUGAAUUCUUUAAUUGCGUACAAAGUUAUAAAACAAUUUUUCAUUCUGCGUCAUAUUAUUUUAACAAUAUGAGUUAGGAAUAAAUGAGAUUUGAUUUGACUCUUUGUGCAGUGAAACAGUUAGCUCUCCUAAAUUGUGUUUAUUUCUUGGAAAACCUUAUUUUCUGUUAAAAAAUAUACUAUUUUGUCAUGCCAUACCGUAUAAGAUGUAAAUCAUUCGUCUGUAGUAUGGUACUUUAUUUGCAAAAUUGAAAUUCGAAGUUCCCAUUAACUUUUCGAGAUUAUUUUUUUUUCUUUUGUAAAUAUUUAAAUGCUCAAAUUAUUUUACGCUAAACAUUAAACGAUACGAAAUUUCCACCCAGUGUUACUUUAAUUAAAACGUUUAUUGAAUUUUUUAAAUUUUCUACUUCUAAAUUCUUUUUUGAUUUUAUUCCUCAAAAACAAUUUUUUGGGUUUCCCCAAAUUUUUCUCAAAAUACAUUGAAAUAUGUGGAUUUUCCCUAGAUUCCCGAAAAUUUUUCAAAUAAAAAAAAGAGCUGAUAAUACUAAUGUGUUUGUCACCAUUAUAGGUAUAGUACGUUAGGAAGGAAUUAAUAGGGGUACAUACAUUUAUUAAAUUCAUAUUUGUUCGCAAUAGUAAAUUAAUAUUGAAAAAAUACAAUUCUGAGCGAAGUUCGGUUAAACAUAAAUUUAAAUAUCACGGUAUUUUAAGCGACAAUAACGGCAAACAAGUUGUUAACAGACAGACAAAAUAUAAAUUUAAAAAAAACACAUUAUAAUAGUACCGAUACAUUCCUCGCUGCGUUCAGAUUCUACGUGUGAUUGAUACAUAUCAGUUUUAUUAUGUUUACCAUAAUUUCUGAAUUACCUUGACUACACAGAAUGCAACUAAAACACUAUAUAACCUCAUCUGCAGUAUACCAAAAUCCGCUCAGUAUCGUUUUUCAAUCGCAACGGUUUAUUGUCGCUUUUAGUAUGCAAACUAAAUUGCCCAUUAUACAAUAUCUUUCCAAUAACUUCUCAUCUGCAACAAUGGCCUUCGCAACAUUAUCGCAUAUAAAACUAAUCUGGAAUUUGAUGUCACUCAAUUGACUAGGAAAUUAAAAUAAUGAUAAAAAAAAAAAAAAAAACUAUUGUCUCUUCCUCUUUGAAUUUGAUAACGAGGAGACAACGGUUACAUUCGUUCGUUUCGGGCGAAACCUACGCGUCCGAUUGCGCGAAAUUUAAUUUUAAUUUAAUUUAUCGGUACAAUCAUGUGGCUAGACAGAGACGACAAACGCUCUUUGACAUGGCAAUGACCUUUUAAUGAAAUUUAAUGUGUAUGUGGUCGCAAACUGGGCAAUAAUAAUAUAUAUCAAUUGGCUAUUUUUCGUAUCUUACUCGUAAAUUGGUUUCUGUUUGUCCGUCUUGGUGACCAUCGUUAUUUCGCUUUUAGAUUUAUUAUUAUUAUUAUUAUUAUUAUUACUAUUUUAAGGUUUCUUCGAUCAAAUAAAUUAUCAUCACAUGUAUUGUAAGUAUAAUAAUGACCCCUAAUCACAUUUUUUUUUUUUUUUUAAAUAACUAUAUAUUCAAACGAAUCCAAGGAGAUUUCACGAACCUUACACGCAUUUAUAUCUGUACGUAAUAAUGGUUAUUAUAUAAUUAUGUGAACCGCCUACGAGUACGGGUAAUUUUAUGGAUUCUCGCGUACUGCAAUAUUAUAUUUAUAUCAGUGUGCCAGUGUUUACUGACCCUAUGAUAUUUGACCAAGGGGUACAAAUACUUUUUUGGGUCAACUGAGGGUCAAUAAUUACCAGUGAUCUUAUAUCUUCCUUCCCCCUCUCUCCGUCAAAUAGCACUAAUGAAUAUUUACACCCAGCCAAUUUACCCCGUGACAGUUUAUCGAGGAGGUAAAAAUCAUCUAGUGAAAUUUUACCAGUGGUCAAAUAUGAUGGAGAUCUAUGUUCUCAAAUACGCCGGUAUCGCAGUACACCUAUUUUACAUCCUUAACAAAUUGUAACCCCAGCAAGAUGAAAUUAUUAAAAAUAUUAAAUUGUAGGAGGUUCAAUACAAAAUAAUAGAGGAUUAUUUUUACACCGCCUGUUAUUCAAUUUUAGGGAGUUAAAAUACCCUAGAAUAAACAUUUAAUUCAAUUGUUGAAUUGAAAUUUCGUACCGGGAGCUCAUAAGUCGCCGGUCGUCGCGUGGCUUCUACACCGUCCCAUGCUAAACUCCUGGUAUCAAUUUUCGAUUUUAUAACCAUUUAUGCGAUAAAAAUCAAUCAUAAAAAGUAAUCUUAAAAAAGCAUCACGAAAAUGUACUCUAUUUUCAGUGGCCGUCGUAGUGGCGUUUUUCAUCUGCUGGGCUCCUUUCCACGCGCAACGGCUGAUCGCCAUUUUCGGAUCCAGCCAAACCGAGGAUGUAACGUUCCUGCACCAACUGUACGGCAUUUCCACUUAUGUGUCCGGCGUGCUCUACUACCUGUCCACUACCGUCAAUCCGAUACUGUACCACAUUAUGUCGCUGAAAUUCCGGACUGCGUUCAAGGUAUGUAUAUGUGGUACCCGUUUUGUACCCUCGGAUACUCGCGAUGUGAUGGGAUAAGAACGGACAAUGCUGUACUUGAAACAUCUCUAGUUAAAACUGACCGGGAUCGAAAUAAUAUUACAUUACAGUUUCGGGGAAAAAUUAACGAUGCCACGGCUCAGAAAUCGUAUUUUUUAGUUCGGUGUUCAAAAAGGCUCUUAAGACACGAUUCCACAAUGUGAACCACAGUCUAUUCCGUUUCUCUGCGUUCACACAAUGCACUAUAUUUAUAAUACCAUUUGAACGGUAGAGAAACACACCUUCCAUAUCCCGUCCUGAACCGAUAAACUGUUGACCAUUGUUUCUUUGGUAGUAGCAUGCCUUCCAUAUUCUGACCGGGUUUAUUAACUAAAUAUUUAUUUGUAACAUAUGCUUUUGGCCACUCUUCGCUCCAUUCUUUUCUACCACAACAUUUUUUUACGAAUUAGGUUCUCUGCUGUCAGCCAUGUUAAUUUUCCAGAUUACAGUCUGCAUACUGGUUUUUCUUUUGAUAUUUAAAACAAUAGAUAUCUCCUAUCGUUCAUACACGAUUCUACGGUGUUGAAAAGAGCUUCUUUCCACCGAAUAUAAGGUGACGUUAUGUUUGUGAGCACUGAGCGCCAUUGUGUUUGAGUUGACUUUACAGUACCGCUGAUAAUCAUCAUUGAAUUGUUGAGUUACGAGUCUAUUUGAAUACUAUUAACCCAUACUGGAGGUACUGGAGCUCUAUACUCAAUUGUUCUACACACAAUAGCCUCUAUUAUAGUUGCCCACUCUUUUACAGCAUUUUAUUUAAACUCUCUAAAAAGAAAGACAAAUAAUACUUUGGAAAUUUUUUCUAUUUUUUUUAUUUAUUUUAACGAACUAUACAGUAUUCGGGGAAAAUAUUGAAUGUGAGAACCUAAAUAAUAAUAUACAAAAGAACAAUUUGCAAAAUCGAAAUAAUGUCUAAUCCUAGUAUGCGUAGCCGGUAUUUCCGCACGUCGCGUCAAAUCCAAUUGGCAAUAUAUCAAUACUAUAAAAUAAUAGUUUUUCCGUCGAGUAAAUGUAUAGUAUAAUGAUAAACGAACGCGAUUUUCAUGCGUGCACGAUGUGAGAGAUUUUUCAAUAAACAUAAAAAAAUACAUUUUCGAUAUUUUGUUCGGACCACGGUUGCCGAUCGACGAUAUGAGCACACGUCAUAUUGGUGAGAAAUAAAAUACACUUGGGAGAUAUUUUGUAAAAUAAACGACCGACGGCUACCUAAAGUGCAACUGUUAAAUAACAGUGCACCGGGUGGAGUUUAUCGGUUUAUCUAGGUAAUGUCCGUAAUAAUAUUUCGUAAUGUGUCUAUACUGUAAUAUACCGUGCACUGAACCAAUGGAGGCGUGAGCCACUGUUAUAGACGCAAAAUCGGAAACGUUGAACAGGGUGAUUUGGUUUCUAACAGUACGUAUUGCGUACAGAUAUAAAUUUAGGUAAAUUUAUCGUUGAGUAUAGAUGGAAACGAUAAAUCGUUGUAAUCGGAAGACGAUUCUGGGCGAAGUUCGGUUAAACGCAUUUCGAUAAAUUUGAAUUUAAAAUUGUGUUACGUGAUUUCGACAUUAGUUUGAACAUCGAUCGAAUAAAUUACAACAUUUAUAUCCACAUAAAACAAACAAGAAACUUAACAAUUUUUCAAAUAGCUAUCAACAAAAACAAACGACUGAUUGUUUUCAAUUUAUUUACCGCGGUAAUAAAGUGAAGAUAAUAUAUAGCUCCUUAAUAUUCAUUGAUGGUUUCCAGUUUUGCUGAACUCUAAGAAAAAAUUAAAAAUACUCAACAGGAAUAUUAUUGCGCGAAAAUUCCCAUAUUUCGUUUUGCUCCAUUAUUUAGAAAACCUUACGGGACUAUUCAAAAAAUCACUUACUCGACCCGACGAAAUAUUCCACCAGAAACUGAUAUUUAUAGUCGGAGUGAAAUUUCUUGUAGGAAAUUUUUCAACAAAUAUCAAAAAAAAAAAAAUAAAUACAUUCCACAGUAAAACCAAUUUAAACACACUUGAGGAGGCAGAAUCAUAAUUUUUCUUUAGUUUACAUCAAACGAUAUACCAUUGCAAACGAAAAACGAUUCUGAGAGAAAUUCGUUUACACGUGAUUUAAAAGGCCGUAACACCUACCUAGUUUUGGUAAAAAUUUGAUUUUAAAAAUUAUUUCCCCCCUCCUUUCAUAUCAAAUUUUGUAUGACAAAAUAUUACACUAUUACAUAUUAACAACUAUUAUUUCAAUCGUGUAAGACGGAAGUGUAUCUUGACCAAUGUAAUAUUGUAUUCUGUUCAUACGGGUCAUGUACAUUGCUGUUAGUUUUGGCCCCGCAUAUUGUGCUUAAAACGCUUACGCUAAAAUAACACGAAUAUUUUUUGCACGUUGUUUUCGAAAAACAUGAUUUUUAUGUACUCGCAUACUUAUAUGAUUUCCGGAAACACGAUAUCGACGCUUUCCUUGUGGACUAUAUAAAAUAAUAAUAAUACAUAUUAGUAUAAUAAUUAUUAUGUUCAAAUUUUUGGUUAAACCAAUUUAAACAAUUAACCUCAAUAAUUUGCAAAAUUAUAGCCUCAAACAUUAAACAAUUUAACAUCAAAACGGAUAAUUAUACAGACUGUCCCACAAAGAUGUGUGCCUCUUGAAUAUCUCCGGAGAUAAUAAAGAUAAUCAAAUUCUGUUAAUUUUUUUUUUUUUCAUUCACGAGGUUAAGGAAUACAAAUAUUUAUAUUUGAAUUGAUUUUUUUUUUGUUAAAAAAAUUAAAAAUUAACUUUUUAUUUUAUUAUUUUCGAUAUUUUCGGCUAUCGUUAAGAUAGCCAUUUUGUAGAAUCUAUUUUUCUAAAAAUGUUAAUGUACUACACAUUUAUGUCCUAUGAAUAAUUUCUAAGUAACAGCCGAUUUAAAUUCUACUAAUCCAUGUGAAAACCGAUGUUAUCGCGUAACGCAGUUAUUCUCUUAGAGUGCGGAGUUUUACGUUGAAAUAAAAUGCUAAUAAUUUAUACCUACGCUCAAAAAAAAAACCUGAAAUAUGUUCAUAAUAUUGGAAAAUAUGCUUAAACUUGAAAAAUAUACACUUUUAAUUUUUAAUUUUAUUUUUAUUUUCGUGGAUCGAGUCACUAUUUUAUCCAUACUUUUCUACAUUAUUAUAAAUCCGAAAUGUCUAGAACAAUAUUUUCGUUCUCCUUUAUCGAGGUAAAGUUAACCAUUUAAAAUACAUUGGUUUUUUCGUUUAUUCUGAAUUUUGUUUAUACGAGGCAUAAAUAAUUGACGUAAAUAUUUUUCUUGCACGGAAAUUAUCAAGAAGAUACUUUAUUAGGGGGAAAAAAAUAUAUAUUAAGCAUUCUAUGGCACUUUCUUUCUGGUAAACUUUAAUUAAUUUUAUUAUAAAAUGUUAACAUUAACCAAUUAUUAAUGUUGUUUAUGAUAAAAGUUGAUAUAGCAUUCAUGACCUAUAUUCGAUGUUCAAACAAUUUUCAAAGAUGAGCCACAUCAUUAGGAUAUUUUAAUCAAAUUUAACGAAACCGAGAAAAAAUGAAUGAUUGAUAGAAAAAAAGUGAUAUAGAAUACUUAUCUCUCUCUAAAUAGUACCUGGCACUCGUGUGCCCCAGUAACUAUUUAAUGCUAUCCAGUGGUGAUAAUCGUGUCACCACAGAAGAAUGACUGGUGCCAGUGUGCCAAUGAUCAACACAUUAUCAUAAUGACCCAAAUUAGUUAAAUAAAUUUUAUGAUAGUCAUCAUAAAAUAUGCACAUACAGAUAUUUUUUCUCUGCAAUAGUGCAGCACUACAGUUGUCAGUUGAUGUUGUUGACAAACGCUAUCGCUGUCGUAGCUUAAUAAAUACUAUUUUGAGUUCUUAAACAGUUAAUCGUCUACAAAGUGAAUUUUUAUCGUAAACACUCAUUAUUUCGCAAAGUAUAUACUUAUAUAAAAAAAAAAAAAUGUUUGACAAUUUAAAAAACAAACAGAUCUAAAAUGUUUCUAUUGUUUUUCGUCGCCCUUGUUUUAAGGAGUGAAACGACUAUCGACUUUUGAUUUUCAAAUGAUAAACAAUAUUAAAACUAUCAUAUACAGAUAGAGUAUUAGUUUAAAUAAAUUUUUAGUAUUAACAUUUUUUAUUUCCGUCAACCCUUUCACGAUAUAUUUCACUUUUAAAUUUAGGUAGGGGGAAAAUCAUGGAGCAUUAUUCAAACGCCUCGGGCCGUUCCGCCACAUAAAUGAUACCUCAUAUUCAGGCUAUCUCUACCAUUGGUCCAAACUUGUAAUUUUGUUUUAUUUUUUUAAACACUAUUGAAAAAUAUAUUUGCAUAUUUUCUUAAGAUUUAUCGAUAAUAUCGGGAAUGUUGGUAUUUCGCAUCGCACUGUCGCAGUUAUAGAUUUCAAUAGAUUAGCUUAAGCAAAAGUGUUUAGAAAGAAGUGUUGGUUUCCCCUUUUACUGAAGUGCCAACCAGCAAACCUUACUUAAAAUACGCUCUGAACUAUAAGUUGUUACAUAUGCAAUAAAUCCAAACAAAUUCUCGAGAAUAAUAAUAGUUUUCAAUUCGAGUAUUAUUGAAAAUAACUUUUCUCGGACUUAACGGUAGUCACAUAUAAAUAUGUAAAACAAAGUAUAGCUUUCUCGGUUGUGAAUAAGAGUAUAAGUCUAAUUAGUAAGUGUAUACAGACUCGCAUUUUGAUUCAUUAUACAGGGUUGUCCAUUUGAUUGACUACACUCAAUAUUUUGAAAAAGAUUCUUUUUUCACCGUUUUUAACAAUUCAAAGAACAAGCACCUCUAAAAUGUUAUAAUGUUAUAUUUCGACUAUCUUAUGUUACCGUUAUUUUAAGGGGUAAAACGACUACGUAAUUUUGAUUUUCAAAUGACAACCUAUAUUAAAUAUUAUUGACGAGAUGUCCCACUUUUAAGUUCGGGUACAGAGGGAGAUUAGUGAAGCCAAACUAAAACGCUGUACCGCCACAUAAACAAUGCUACACUUCAUUCCAAAACCACUACACUCCCCCUAUAACCCAUUUCCCUUUCAGAAGGGAAAUAUAUUUUCAAUCGUUUUUAAUAUAAUUUGCCAUUUUAAAACAAAACUUCGGUAGUCGUUUCAUCCGCGAAAAUAAAAGUAACAACAAAUAUCUGUAACGUAAGAUUUUUGAGCUAUUUGAAUUGUAAAAAAAAAAAAAAAAAAACAAUGCGUGUUGACAAAAACAUCAAUUAUACCUUUCGAAAUAUCGAGUGUAGUCCACUUAAAAAAACGGAUCACCCGGUAUUCUCGUCCGGCCGUCUUCUUAUAAUGAAUAUAAAUUUAUUUGAACCGCAACUUUAUCGCAAUUAAAACUUUAGAACAUAAUAGUGUAUACUGACGUAGUUGCAGGUGUUAGGUUGUUUUUAAUAAAUCAACUUUAGUAUUCAACUUUUAAUUUUCUAUUACUUUUCAAUCAGUUUCGACUCUGCGAAUACAAAUUAAUAAUAAUGAUUAUGAUAAAAAUAAUAAUUAAAUAAAAUAUUAUAAUACUGCACAUGUAUUUACAGUUUUCUGUUUCGCAACAAACUGCAACAAAAUACACAACUUACUACGCGAAUACUCAUUAAAAAGAAACUGAAAACCUGCACUCCGGCAUAAUACGUUAUUUUGUAUUUUGUAGUUUUUUUUUUUUUUUUUUUUUCGUUAUCAUUUGAUCGAGCAACUUCAUUAUUAUUGUUAUCGUUAUUGUAUUUAAAAUCAUUGUUAAUAAUAUAUUAAAUCGUAUUCCAAUGUAUUAUACUGUAUAUUUUAUUUUAAUAAGCUAUGUAAUAUUUCUAAAGAAAAAAAUGAUAAUAAUAUAUCGAAAUAUAAAUAAUAUAAAAAUAUAUUAAUAAUAAUAUAAAAAUCAUAAGAAAGUCGGAAAAAAUGUUUAUCGUCUCUUACCAAUAUAAUAAAAUGUCAUAUUUAUAAAUCGCUCUCCCGCACGCUUUUUUAAUUAAUAAUAUCCCAAUAAUUUUGUAAAAUAUUUUAAAUUAAGUUCUCAAUGUCAUACAGAUGUAAUACUAAAAUAUUAUUGUGAUUUUUUUUUCACCGAAAUACUGGUAUUAUUUUAGAUUCUGAGUGUAGCGAAGAAUUUAUUAGUUUUACAAAGAUGUUUAUUGUUUUUUUUUUUUUUUUUUUUUUUUUUUUUUAUACUUGUGUACAAAAAUUCUACCAAAAACCUUGCUCAGAUAUAUACGCGUGGCACCAUUUCUGGAAGGAAAUGUUGUCAGAUAUUACUUUUGAAAGAUCAUUUUGUGACUUUCCGAGCGGUUUUCAUAACAUAUAGGAAAAACCAGAAUAAAACGUAAGAAAAACGAGAAAUUUACGAAAAUAAUAUGCUUUUAUUAUUUUUCAAUUUUGUUAUUUGUCGUAAUUCUAUUAAAAAAAUUCGCAGAAACUUGAAAUUUGGACAGGAAACUUAUAUUUGCCUUUUUUAGACGUGGUAAAAUUAUCAAAAUAUUUAAGCUAUUUAUAAACAUUUAAAUUUAACGAGUUUUGUACGUAAUUUGUAUUCAGUUGGUACUCUUUGAUAUAAUUGUUAGACUUAACAGAUAUGCUUGAACAUUUAACAGAAGGUUCAUUGAGAGUAUUACUUUGUGGUCAAAUAAAAUUGAGUUUAAUGUAGUAUUUUUUUUUAUAAAAAAAUUGUAAUAACAAAUUUUGACAAAAAAUUUUUUUUUUUAAUAUAUGUAUACUGCCGAUUUAAGAACGAUGGUGAAGUCAGAAUUGUGUGUACUGACUAAAUUUCGAAAUAAUAGCUUUUUGAAGUUCUGAUAUUAUGCGGAUAUUAUAUGUCAUAUAAUUUUAUAUUGUAUACUCUUCAUUUUUUUUUGCCAUAGCCGAAUGGUCAUGCAUACCCAUCGAUAUCCUAGGGGUCGCGGGUUCAAACACGUGUCUCGAAAACAUUGUUUGCACUUAUUUUUUCCCAUUUACCUAAACAGGAGAACAACGAAGGAUUUUAGUUGUAGAGCUAGAGACCUAGCUAUCACUCGAUCGGACUAUUUAAUCGCAAAAUACCAUUUAAUUUGUUAUGCAAACUUUUCUAUCGGAAAUCUUGCUCCGAUGUAUUAAGUGUAGCUUAUUCUCUGAAUGAAAUUUUAUCUCCGUUGUAAUUUAGGAAGGAUAUUUUUCAAACGGUUUUCGUAACACCGGGGAAAAACCGGGAUAAAUUGUCGGGAAACCGAAAAUGUACGAAAUAUAAGUUUUAAUAAAAAAAUAUUUUGUCCUUUUUUUCUAUGUACAGCUUUUCUACCAGCAAUUUUACUCCAAUUUAAAAUUAUAGCACUUUUCUUAAAGAAAAUCUGAUUGGGAAAAUAUUUUAAGGUCAAUUUUCGAUUUUCCCAGGUGAUUUCUCGGCAAAUGUGGAAAACCGGGAAAAACAUGGGAAAACCAGGAAAAUCGCUAUAAUAUUAAACAAAUAUUAUUGAAAAAAAUAUAUAAUGCCUAUUUAAUUAUUUUACCAUAUUAUUAUGGCAUAUAUAUUGUUGCCAAAACAUCAAUAUCAACUGAACUGUGCUUAGAAUCGUUUUUCAUUAACAAUGGUUUAUCGCUUACAGAUAUACAUUAAAUUACCUAGAAAAGUGGCUGUACCUGCCUCCAUUAUCUUAGCAUGUUUUUAUUUUUAUAGUUAUACGAUUCCCUUCCCUUAGCCUUAGCCUUAGCCUUAGCGGUGUGAUUAAGUUUAAACCUUAAUCACACCACGCGUCUAAAAAAAUGGAAAAGUACCUUAGAAUAGAUUUGUUUUGUUUUUAAACAUACAAUACCUAUAUUUUAUGUAAAGAUUCCGAGUACCGCAGCUUCGCGUACAUCAGACUCUCGGUAUAAUUUAAAAAUAAUUUACACGUAUUUUAUUAAAAACUGUUUGCCGACAUUUUUCUUCCAUUUUCAUUUUAUUUAUAGAAAUAUACAUAGUUUUUUUUAAAAAUAAGAAACUUUUUUCAAUUUAUAUUCCAUUAAAUUAUAAUUAUAACUCGACAAUAUUUUUUCUCCACAUUCUCGGGGAUUAUUUUCGCACAAAAAUUUGUAAAUGUAUAACUUUAUUGCCUCAAAUAACAUUAUAGGUAUUCAAGUGCCUAAAUAUGUAUACAUAUUUUUUUUGUUUUUAGAGGGUUUACGUAUAUCAAGAGUAAUCCAUUUAAGCGUCUUCAAUUGAUAUUUCAAAAAGUAUUAACUUUUUUCGGAAUUUUUUUUCUGUUUUUAUCGAUUUAUAGAGCAACCAAUUCUAAAAUAUUGCAUUACCGUUAUAUUUUUUGUUUCCUUUGUUUUUGGGGGUGAAAUCAUUACCUAACGACUUUUCAAAUAGCAACCUUAUUAUUAUAACUUAUUAUUAAGCGUACAUUUUUUAUUCUGUUGUUUUUUUUUUUUUUUUUUGAUACAUUAUAUUUGUUUCUAAUAUAGCAUUUUUAUAAUAUUUUUGUCAAUUAUAUAAUAUUAUAUUAGUUUCCUUAAUAUUGGUAAUUAUUUAUUUCAAUUACGUUCGAAAUCGUCUCAUUAUUUAUCGAAUGAAGUAUUCAACUUGACUCAACAAUUUUGUUUUUUAGUACUGUUUAGACUGAUUCAUUUCAAAAAAUAAAUGUCACAAAUAGGUGUCAGUGGCGUGUUUAUUGGAGGGGUCCCAUGGGUCUGGGCUUCAUUUAUUAACCGCAUUAAUAUCUAAUAUAAGUCAUAACCUUGUUUUAUUUUUAUAUAAUAACGGGGGAAAAAAAUUAUAUAUUUUCUAUUACCAUAAUAUUAUGUUUUAUCAGUGUGGUUUCCACUUUGUCAGUUGGAAAUCAAAAAAGUGCAACGAGAGCAAUAAAAUUAUUUUAAAAUGUUAUCACGGACUGUUAUCCCGAUGUCCGUUACUUUAAUAAUUUUCGUUUAUCAGGUUAUCAUAAUUCAAAUAUCGUGAUCAUUUGUUUUAUCACCUUGUACCGAUCGACAAAAACUGUUUAUUGAAUUCCCUUUUGCUUUUAGAAGUCUAAUACGUGUGUCCUGUUUAUAAAAUGAACUCUAAAAUAACACAUUUUUUUACGACGGUAACGUCUACCGCGUUUACCUGUGCGCCUGCUGUGACAGUCGAAAAAUCACACAAUGAAGAAAAUAAUAUGGAAAAUGUGAAUAAAUUAUUAAACACUCAGGUAUAUUAAUAUAAUUUACAACAAUAUAGUGGUGGGGGAGGGGGGUACCAAGUAUUUCUAGCUAAAAUACUAUUUGUAUGAAAUAAAUUUACUUAACAGAUAUGUAUUCCAGGGAGGAUAAACUCCAGACGAUUUUAAAGUAUAGAUAUAGCGUAAGGAAAUUUGUUAAUUAACAUUUAAGAAAUAUAUUAGAAAGUUUUGGUGAAAGGAACCAAAUAUACAAGUGUCAUAAUCCAAAAUCAAAAGUUUAAAGCGUGUAAUAAAAUUAUACUUAAAAAUAUUGUUGAUAAAGUAAAUUCCUCUAAAUCAAAGCCCCCCACGACACUGUGCCACUUAAAUUAUCAGACCCUCUCACACAUGAAAAAUUCCUAAAUACUCCACUGCUAAGUAUCAAGAUCUUCAAACACAAAUAUUUCCAACAAUAUUACCAUGUUGAUGGUUUGAACUUACACGAAUACAUAGUUAUUUUGUAAUAAUAAAAUAUUUAAAAACGAAAUUUACGUUUAAUUUUUAGUUGUUUUUGAUAUUUGUUAACUCGAGUACUCGACUGUUGAAAUCGACUCGAUUCGAAAUAAUGAAUAACAACUAAGACUGGUCGACUCAACUUGAUUUCGAAAAUAUCAAAAUUCCUCAAACUUUAAAUUAUAUUUAGUAUAGAAUUGUGUUCAAAUUAGAUUUUUUACGAUUUUCUUUCAUAAAAAAAAAAAAAAAGUCUAUAUAAAUUAACGCGGAGAAAUAUAAUUGCGUCUACUGAUAUUUUUGUAACAUUAUAACGGUCUCGACAACGGACUUAACAAAUAUGUUCAGUCAUUAUAGUCAUUAUUAAUGACCAAGUUUGCAGAUUAUUAGUUAACACGACUUUUAUGUUUUACUAAACGCAUCACCGUUAAAUGAAUAAACUUUAAAAUAAAGCACUCGUAAUCUAUUUAGUUUGCCAACGUAUCGCGAUAAUUUAAUUCGUAUUGUAAAACACUGUUGAAGUUACCGUUAAGAUUUCGGAAACGUCACUUUAUAAAAUCAACAGCACUCAAUAUGGGUAGGAAAAAACGGUUGGAAAAACCAUAGAAAACCUUAAAGCUUUUUUUUUUUUUUUUAAAGGUAUAGAAUAUACCGAUGACGACGAUAAAUUAUCGCAAACGAAAAGCGAUUCUAAGCGAAGUCCAAUUAAACACGGUUUGAUAAAUUAUUUAAUUGAAAACUGUAUUAAUUCGUAACAAAUGUGAAAUAAAAUACCUGACCUUGCUACGUGUUUUUUCAUUACAAAUUUCGGAGCAUUUUCGCUGGAUCUGCCAAAAAAUUGUUGUUCCCAGAUAUUUUAUGACCAAAUAAAAACAACCCGAAAAUUCUAAAUGGCUGUACAAAUAGCUCAAAAAUCACUAAUAUAAUGUAAAAAUUGUAUCACGUAACAUUUAGAAAAGACUAAUGUAAGUGUUCGGGAAAAAUUCCAAUAUCUACGAUAAUUUUUAACCGAAUUACAAUAAAAAAAAUACAAAAUCGUAAAUAAGGGAAACCAUAAGCUAUUAAUAACAACUGUCUCGUUUUCUGGUUAUUGGGAAAACUACAAGGAAAAUCGAAAAAUGAUUUUCUCUAUUCACCAACUAGAACAAAUGUUUGAUGAUCGGAAAAGACUUCUGGUAUAAAAGUGCAGGUUUACAGGGAGAAAAAAUAAUAAUAAAGCACACGCCAUAUUAUAAUACGAAAGUAUUAGUAAACCGAAUGCAUUACUAGCUAAGCUCAGUAUAUGUACAAACACGGACGAUUUAAAGCUGAAUAUUUUAGAUUCCGAGUGUAACGAUGGAGCUAUUGGUUUUACAAUGCUGUUUAUUUCUUUUUUCUUCUUCUAGUCUGUGGACACGUUUUUUUCUAGUAAACUUCCAUCGAUGUAUAAGUGUAUAGGUGUAGCACUUUUCCAAAAAGCUCAAGUUAUCUAGAUUGCACAUUAAGCCGGUCAUUUUUUGAUUUUCGACGCCAUUUUUUAAAUAAAAGCACUUAAGUUGGGAAAAACGUAGGUAAAAUACAAUUUCACAAUUUCAUUGUUUUAUAAAAACACGAACGACGUUUUCUACCAGAAAAAAUGAUUUAAUCGAAAAAUUACAGGAUACCUUUUUUGUUGCCCUUUUGAUUUACUUUCUUAUGGUUCUUAUUGACAAAACUUUAGAACCACUUUUGAGCUUUUAAGGAAUUUUAAUUUUUGGAGUUUGUUUUGCUGUAAUUCGAUUAUAAAUACACGUAGAUACUUGAAACUUGGUAAUAAUACUUAUAUUGGACUUACAUAUAGAUAUUAUUCUAUACACAUAUUAUAGACGUGGUAAAAUUAUCAAAAUCACCGGACGACUUUUUUGGUUUUUAAUAAGCGUUUUGAAAUCAAAUUUAAACGAAAAUCGCAAAAAAAAAUUACGGCACUUCAAAUUAUGUAUUAUUAUAAAUUGUCUUUCGUCAAGCAAUAGUUUAUUGUUGCUUACAGAUAAAAAUAAAAUAUUCUUAAGUAUCCUACUUUCCCAACUACUCACUUACAACAGUGGCUACUCCCAUCCCCAUUAUCAACUUUUUUCUUUAAAUAUUAUUUAUUCGGUUUUAUGUUUUAUGUUUAUUAAAUCGCAGUAUUUUCAAAAACGCCAUUUUUCAUCUUUAAUAUAUUUAAAACAAAAAAACAACCGAAUUAUUAUUCUAAAAUACCUACGUAAUACCUCAUAAUAUAUUCGCAUCGCCAUUUUUCAGAAAAAUAAUAUUAUGUCACCGGCGAUAGAUAAUUCUCCUGCAAACUUGAGAGCUUGCCGCAAUAAGAAUAAUACGAUGUGAACUAUGCGAUACCAUGAGGUUUACAUACGUGGGUAAUUUUUUUUAUUAUUAUUAUUAUUAUUAUUAUUGUUUAGUAUACGCGGUUCGAUAUAUUUAAUAAAAAUAUUUUUAAAAACUAAAAUAACGUACAAGUACAAAAAAUUUAAAAAAAAAACCCCGUUAUUUGAAUAUUGCAAUUUUUUAUGGGUAUACACGAAAAACGCUACACGAUAAUAACAAAAAGGUAAACUAUAUAAUAUAGUCCAUUGUAUUCAAAUACUAUACGAGUUUAAUUAUACGCGGGGCUGCAUCUGAGUUAUACAAAAUAUACAAAAUAUAUAAAAUAUAAAAAAUAUAAAAAUAUAAGAAAAUUAAUUUAAUAGUUUAAUUGAUUCCGUUUAUAUUUUGCAUUAUUUAUAAAAUAUAAACUUUCUAGGUUUAAUCUUUAACCGGUCAGUAAAACUUAAAACUUAGGUUAAUAUAAAUUGUACGACUACGGUAACAAUAUAUAUACCUAUAUAUUAUUUUCAUAUGAAAAUUAUAUUGAUUUCAUAAGCCCUUCAGGCGUUAUUUGAACGUAUCCAUGGUCGUAAAAUAAUAAUUUAUAAAAGAAACGUAUAGUAUGUAUAGUGAAAAAGGUAAAAUUUAAAUUGUUAAAAAAAAAGAUAUCAAUUUUGCUUUCGCAAAAAAUUUCAAAAACAAUAUUGAACGCUGGAAGGGCAUUUAAAACUAAUGCAAAGCGUAUAAUAUAAAAAGACGGACAUACUUCGCACGACAGGUGAGCCACUGUUGUAAGUGAGAAGUUGGGAAGGUAGGAUAUACAGAGGGGAAUUUAAAUUAUAUCUGUGCCCAACAAUGGUUAUUGCUCACGAAAAACGAUUCGGAGCGAAGUUACGUUACACAUAUUUUGAAAGGCCGUAAUAUUUACGAUAUUUGUCAAAAUUGGAUAUUCAAAUUCUUAUAAAAAAAUAAGUAAAAUACUAUACACCUACACUAAACUCAUAGAAAUACGCAAAAUUAAAAUCUCUAUAAAAAGCUCAAAAAAGUGUAUAACGGCUAGAAAGGGCAAAUAUGAGAUUUUUUUUCCUAAGUUUCUGCAAAUAUUUUAAAUUGAAUUACAACAAAUAAACAAAAUUUAAAAUAAUUAUUAUUUUCGUUAGUUUUUUCGUUUUUCCUACGUUGUUUUACAGUUAUUCAGAAAAACCACUAAAAAAAUCAAAAAAUUACCUCUUUAGAGCAUCACCCCAGUCAGAUUUUCUUUCAGAAAAUGUGCUAUCGUUGUACAUCGAAGCAAGCUUGCUGAUAGAAAAAUCGUUCACAAGAAAAAAAAAGGCCGUAAUAUUUGACUUAUACAUUUUGUAUAUUUUCCCUUUACCCCGGUUUUCUCCGUUUGUUAUGAAAACAGCUGGCAAAAGGUUCCUCUUAAAAUUACCAAUUCAGUCAGAUUUCCUUUCAGUAAAAGUACUACACUUAUUAAUCGGAGCAAGAUUUCUGGUAGAUAAGUUGUUUACGGAUAAAAAAAAAAAAUAAAAUAAACAUAAUUGUAAAACCAAUAUAUUCCUCGGUCCACUCAGAAUCCAAAAUUUGGUAAGUGAUGAAAUUGUAUAUAAUAUAUUAAAGUUUUUACACGUUGGUAGUGUUAUUUUAUAAUGCAAAUAGUGUUUUUUUAUUGAUAUGUACAAGAUCUCAUGGCGGUCCGUGUUUUAAUAAUAAGGUAUAUACCUAUAAAAUACAAUAUAUAUUUCAAAUAAUGGUAAUAAAAUAAAAUCAUUUUUAAAAUCAGGGAAACAUAGAAAUAAUUGUCUUCGAAAAUUUAAACCACAGCAAUGAUAAAACUGAAAAAAAUAAUUUAAAUCACCAAAAACUUAAUAAUAAAUUAAAAAAUAAAACUGUUGAUAUUUGUUAAAAACCAGCGAACUUAUUUAUUAAGAACUUUCUAAUAAUAAUGUUACUUUAUAUAAUAUUGUAGUAAACGUUCUUUUUAUUAGAGAUGGACUUGGUAGGUACCUAUUUUUUUUUUUUUUAAUAAACAAACGGAAUAUUGGUACAUUAAAAGGUUAUUUAUACGAACUCGGAUACAGCCAAUUAUAAAAGUUGAACUAAUGAAAAAUAUAUUGUCUACCUACGUAAGUAAAUAUUGUUUUGACUUAAAAUGAAAUAUAAUAUAUUCUAGUAUUAUAUUUAUAUUACAAUUAUCUACAAACACAAAAAUAAAAUUAUUUUUUAUAAAAUGAAUUAUGAAAAUAUUUAAAAAUGUGUGUUGUUAAUCGUGUGUUCGCUCGAGAAAAAAACGCAUGAACAACAGAGCUCAGUCACUGGAGUGGAAUUUUCCCCCAACCGGCUUGUUUCAAAUUAAAUAUUUCUUGUUUUCUUUUUUUUUUUUCAAACAUGAUAAAGAACUAAACCAAAAAAUGUUUAUUAAAAUAAGUCCAGUAGUUCCCGAGAUGUUUGCCUGUCGCUUGAUUUGCGUUUAGAGAGAGAGAGUUGAAAGUUUAAACCCCUAAAAACCGCAUCAUUUGACAUUGAUACUAGUUCCAUACAUACACAACAUUUCAUUCCCGUCACUUCAUUUGGAGUGUCUGUUGUGGUGUACACCGAUAAAAAAAGAACUAAUAAAAAUAAAUUUCUUACAACAACUUUUUAUCCGAACCUAAGUGUCGAUUCAUCCUUACUCAAUUUCGAAAAUUGAAUUUAAGAGUAUAAGAUCCCUCGUCCUCGUCCAUCAAUCGGUAUUCGUUUGGCCUUAUAAAUUGUACCUCCGCUGUAAUUACAUAAAGUCGACCGAAUCACUGCGUGUUUCUGACAAAUUCAGACCAAUUUAUGUCCGCAUCAGUGUUAUUUUCAAAAUUUAAUUUGCUUGUAUUGACAAUUAUAAACAAUUUACUUGAGCCCAAUUUCUUUGUGACCAAAACAAUACUCUACGGCAUUCUAGAUUUUUUGUAUAUACUUAUUUUAUGUAUUGCCUGUCCCUACGAAAAUGAAUUACUUUUGCCCGUUGGUAAUCAAAAAUGAACUAAUGAAAUUCGAUCGAUAACCGCGUAAAAUAUCAACUGGUUAGAUUAGUGGCGCGGAUGAUCUUAGCCGCGGAAAAAAAGUACUGUACCUAACCUAAUCUGACGGAAAUUUUAAACAUUUGAAUAAAAUAAAACCUAAAACUUUUGAACACAAACUCGAUUUGUAUUGCAUAUAUAUAUCUGUAAAUAUAAAUACGAAAAACACUAAUAUAUUAACCCAUAUAGAUCAAAAUAUGACGCACGUGCCGUAAACUAAAUCAUAUGUUCAGUAAAAUAUUUAUCGGGAAAAAAAAUAUGAAAGAGUGGGCAACUCGUAAGAUCCGCAUAAUACUCUUGAACUUUGGUCUGUGGCCGGUCAGUGUAUUCGGACCGAGUCAGAUUCAAACGAAUAGUUUUAAAAGUGAUUUUCAAUAUAGAGCCAACGUCGUAGCAGCCGUUCGGUUUGUUAAUUUUAAACAACAUAGUUUCGCAAGUUUUUUUUUUUUUUUUCCUUUUUUUUCCGGUGACUUAGUAACGUUUAAUUUUAAUGCGAUAACCUGAUAUUAGAUUCUGAAUGUAGCGACGAAAAAGUUUUAAUAUGACGUGUGCGUGUGUGUUUUUUUCCCCGGAAAACACUUUUGAGCUAGUAAAAAUAUUCAGAUUUUUUCAUGCCGUACCUUUAUAAAAUAUGCGGAUUUUUUCCAGAACGAUAUUUCGAAUUCCCAAUACUUUUCCGAAAAAUUUCCCUUUAUGUUUUCAUUCAAAAAAAUGAUUAUGAAUUGAGUUCGGUUAGUAUUGGUCAUAUUUUUUUGGCACCGUGCACUUUCCGCCCGUGCGUUUUCAGUUCAACACCUUUCUCGUGCUAUUUUCACCCGUUAACGUAUAAUCUUUACCUGCUGAAAUUAUGUAAGGUGGAAUAUUCGCUCAAAAAUUUAAAAUUAUAAAUUAACGUGCAUUUAAUAUAUUAAAAUAUUGUGUUACAAGUACAUAAUUGCUAACUUGUUAUUCUAACUUAAUACAUAACUUACGAGUACAUUAUAUUCAUGUUUUAUAAUUGUCUAAUCUAAUUUAAUUUUUUAACAAACGUUCGAGUAAAUAAACUUUUCUUAAAUUUUUGACUUUUUAGGAAUCUCAUUUUUAUUUAUCUGAUACGUUGAUCUAAAUGUAUUUAUGUAUAUUUUAUACGGGUUUUUUUUUUGAUACAUAUCCCAACCUUAAAAGCCUUCCAUUGAUGAUUCCGUUGUAUUGUAUUAGUUAUGAUGGAAAAUCCAUACGUAUAGAAUGACGAGAUAUAUAAUUUAUAACUAUACCUAUUAAUUAUCAUUUAUUCAAAAAUCUGAAUCAUAACUAUAAUAAUUUGACAAAUGUAAACAAUUUAUAUAUAACUUUACAUUUUGAAUGAUAACAAUCCACCUCACAUACUCUCAGCUGCCGAUAAAGAUUAGUAUAAUGGGCGGAAAUAGCACAAAAAAAGUCUUGAACAGAAAAGUCACGGGCGGAAAGUGCACGCCACCGUUUUAUUCACUCUCGUAGCCAGAAUCCAAUACCUAACCUAACCUAACUUAAUCUCUUGAACUUUGGUCUGUGGCCGAUCAGUGUAUUCAGACCGAGUCAGAUUCAAACGAAUAGUUUUAAAAGUGAUUUUCAAUGUACAGCCAACGUCAUAGCAGCCGUUCGUUUGUUCAUUUUAAUAGAUUCAUUUCGUCAGCAAUGGUUUAUCGUUGAUAAAGAUUACAGAUAUAAAUGAAAUAACCUUAUGUAUCCUACCUUCCCAACUUCCCACAUACAAUAGUGACUACACCCGUUCCCAGUAUCGAUUUUUUUUUUUUUUAAUUUUAUUUUUUGUCCACAUACUAAUAUGCGUUAGUAAUCUAAUAGUUUCUUUGAUAUUUAUACGCUACUGCAACUGGAUACAAAAAUUUCGUUAAUAUAUUUACUUUAAUAUCGCAGUUUAAUAAUAUGCGUAUACAAACACAAAUGUAUCAAACUCAUAUAAAAUUCAUUCUGAAGGGCGCAUUAAACAAAAAAAUGACUGUAAAACAAUAGCAUUAUUUUUUUUAGAUUUUGGGGUGAUCGAGUAUAAUAAUAUAUUGGUUUUACUACGAUGUGUUUUUUUCCUACCAGAAAUCUUGUCUCGAUGUAAAACUUCAUAGGAAUUUUCUUAUUACAUUUUUAAUCUACCUAUGUUUGGAGUAUUGAGGAAGUAAUUCUUGUAUAUUUUUCUUGUAGUUGGGAAAUGGAAAAUACUGGCAAUAUUCUGUAUAAUUUUUGUAAAUUUCUGGGUUCCAAAGGAACAAGGAAAAAUUACGACUGCUCGUUUUGCAAUUUGAUUUAUAAACAACACAAAACAAAUGUCGAUCGAAUACGCGUUCCUAUACAACGUAGCAAACAAAAACAAUUAAAACACGCAAAUGCAUUAAAUUCACAGUCCCGGUUUAAUAACAAUAUCAUGCAGUAGCACGUACCUCUUGUCAGCCGCGUUUAUUUCGAAAAUUGAUUCGUUUUAAUUCGGGUUACUGCAUUGGCGUCCGGUAACGAGUGUAAUACCUUUUACUUGAUUCGUCCGGUUACAUAUUUUAAACGAAUUUGCAGAACGUGUGUUUCUAAUUUCCCUUGACAAUGAAAUUUCCAUUAUAUAUUUGCUCAGUGCGAUCACAAUCAACGUAGAGAUAAAUUCGGUGACCCCAUUGUCCCCGUUGGCGGGAUAUAGAUGCGGAAACUUAUAUCAUAUACAUGUAUACACAUUACCGGAACCGUACCCGCAAUCAAGGAGACCGUAAAGUCACAGCAGAACCUUCCAGAGAUUCGAGCACGUUUACGUUUGUACAAUAGGAGGUCCGUCAGUAAAUAACACACACACACACUCGUAUAUACCGCGGUCGAUCAGAAUUUUAUACUGCAAAAAUUGUCUCGUAUGAAAUAAUCUAACUAGAGAAAAAAAUCGCAAUAUACUUGGGCUUGACAUUUUAAAACGCCCCUUCUGGGGCUGGGUAAGAUCCGAUUUCGAUUUACGUUUAUAACAUUAAAUUUCAGUGAAAAUAUUAAUCUGUUUUUACAUAAAUAUUCCCGGUUUUCCCCCGUUGUCGUCAUUACGAAUACUAUUAUAGGAAAAUCAAACAAUGACCUCCCCAAUACAUUAACUGGACGAAAACGUUAUAUCAGAGACCAUCCCUGCAGUCGAUGAUUGGAGCGAUAUUUUUGAUAUAAUUGAGAACAGACGGAAGGGGGGAGAAUCGUACAUAUCGUAGUAACAGCUUAUACAAGAUUUAUCAAAUUUCACGUCACAGUCAAAUUAUCCAUGAGAUACUUUUUAUUUUUAUUUUUGAAAUCAUAUAAUCUAAAAUUUUACAUUAUCCUUAUUUUUGUCACCUUUAUUAAAAUCAUUUUUGAUUGUCAACGUACGUUAAAAAUUCCCAUAAACAAGUUUUUAUUUCACAUUUUGGUGUUGAAAUUUUAAACAUCCAUUAACUCGUUCGCGAAAUAUUCCACUUUUCAGUUUGAACAGGAAGAGAUUGCCGUUUGAAAAUCAAAAUUAGGCAAUCGUCCUUUCACUCCCAAAAAUAAUAAGAGUGACGCGAAAAUUAACGAAAAUUUAAUAUUUAAGUGUUGAUUUUUCUGAAACUAUAACAAAAUCGCUGUCCUGGGAUAAUGGGGAAGGGUACAGCCACUGUUGUAGAUGAAAAGUUGAGGAGGUAGGAUAUAAACGGGAAUGUAAUAUGUAUCUGUACGCAACGAUUAACCAUUGCUAACGAAAAAACGAUUUUGAGCGGAGUUUGGUUGAUAGUGGUUGCUUUGCCAACAAUAUAUAUGUCAUUAUAUCAUGGUGAAAUAAUAACAUAUACAUUAAACAUUUUCUUUAAUAAUAUUUAUUUGAUAUUGUACCUAUUUUAUUAUUCGUUUUUUCCCGGUUUUCCUGUGUUUUUUCCCGAUUCGUCUCAUUUAUUGGGAAAAUUCCUAGAAAAAUCAAAAAAUGACCUCUCUAAAGUGCCACUCCAAUCAGAUUUCCUUUCAGAAAAGGUGCUACCGUUGUGAGUCGGACAAAAUUUGCUGAUAAAAAAUUUACCAACAGAAAAAAAAAUAAAUAAACAUCAUUGUAAAACCAAUACAUUCCUCCACUCAGAUGCUACAAUUCCGAAAAAUAUUUAUACCUUCCGGGGUAUCGCCACGGGUGCCAUAUCUUCGUGGAACACCCUGCAUGAUAUUAGGCAUUCCUUGCCACGCCUGAAAUCUAAAAGUCGAAAAUCCGUCGAUUUCCACAAAUACCUGUAAACUAUAAUGCCAUGAAAUUGGCAUCGGUCAUUUGUUUAUUGAUGUGUGCACUUGUUGUAUACUUACAUGUGAAGUUAACAGAGAAACAGUGUUUUUUGUUUUGUACCGACAGGAAACGGUGUUACGGUGUUGUAGAAGCAGCGGACGGACGAGCUCGUUCUGCGGCGGUGCCGUCAUUGACGCCGUUGGCGAAGAACAGCGAUGGCCGCGGGAACCGUGGAGAUGGCGAUUGUGGCGACGGAACCGUCGGCGACAACGACGGCGGCCCAGCGAUUCGCCUGUUGCCGCGACAGCCGACGUCCGGAGACAAAAGUACCGGCGCGUUUCCGGACGGGCGUCGUCAUCCUUCGAACUGUCCGCCGACGACGGUCGUCUUGCGGCUGCAAAUGGGUACACCGUCACCGUCAUCGGCCCGGCACGGUCGUCGUCCUCGAACUCAUCGUCGUCCGCCGGUCUGGCCGACUGUUGGCGGCGCGUGCUGAACGUCGGCGGCUCCGGAAACGCCGCCGCUCGGCAUCGGGUCCGCGACAACUACGACGACGACGACGACGACGAUUCGUCCGGCCCGCUGUCGGCGUCGCGUCUCCGCGGCGGCUGCGUCGGCGGCGCCCAGAGUUCGGCGGGACCGGUGGCCCUCAGCAACUGGACCAUGAUCAGCGACAGCAGCCUCAGGGACGCGAACUGCGACGACCUCCGCGAAGAACUGUUCGGGCGCGGGUACGUCGAGGCCGGGCCCGCGACCUACGCGGUCACCUGCAACGUCCGUGCGGUGACCAGCGCCACCGCGGCCGACUUGGACGACAGCGGCACCGCGCGAGUCGACGUCGGCGACGAUUACUAUUGACCGCGGUAUAAAAGAGAGUGCGCGUUUUGUCGUUUUUCUCGAUUCGUAAAAAUGAUAAUAAUAUCGCCGCCUGUAGACCGCGACAGAACCGCAGACCUAUGUAAAGUAUCCAACUGACCGAUAACCGACCGAGAGGUCCGGGGGCCGACGUUGUUAGAAAAAUAUAGCGUCGUGCAGAUAUUCUGUAUGACGCUGUUCUAUCGCAUUGGCCAUCUGUUUCUAACAACGUCGGUACCGAACCCGACAGGAGCGAUUUUAGGAGGAAUGGGGGUGUGGGCGUCCGACCCCUCCGACCCCCGAAUAUCGACAUUCGGUAUUUUUAGAAAUUCUCGCAUUCUCGAAACGUCCGAUACCGUUUGGUUUUAUUUUUCGAUUGUCUUCGAACCCGCGCGUCCUAAUAUCAGAUUAGUUCGGAUUCGAUUAUACACGCGCGAACAAAUUUCAUUCGUCGCAUUUCGUCCUUUGAAAUCGGCAAAAAGUUCUCUGGGCCCUCCUCUCCCCCGCUCCUCUAAAAUUAAACUCUAGGAUAACCCCCUCCCCCCUUUAGAUACGGUGGGGUACGAGGGAAGCGCAGUCUUCAGAUGAACACCGCAAAGUAACGCGUUUGACACAGUAUUAAAAUUAUAAAAAGGCGGGUGUUCACCCCGAGACGUCUGGCGGCUAUAUCCACUCUCUUUUAUAUCUAUAGGUUCUCUAUAAUACUAUUACUGUACAUCGAACGCGGUCGUACUAUAUUUGUUUAAUAAUAAUUAUGACCUAUGUGUAAUAUAUUUGACUUCUGUUCGGCGAGACUGAUGGUCAUUGGUGGUCGUAAUGAUUAAAACAAAAAAAAAACCAGCAUUUAGUAGCUAUAUUAUCGAGUCCUUUGUAAAAAAAAAAUCAACCUGCUGUGUAUACCUACUGUAAAUAAUUAAAAAAAACCGACUUGUAUUGCCCGAUUAUAUGAAUGAUAAUUAUUAUUCUUCGGUACUUUAAAACUAAAUACCUAUCUGUCUAUACACAGAACGGUCCGCCAAUCAGGAACCAGCGAUUUUCUCGGAAGGUAACGAGUGGAUUUAAUUUCUGUUUGAUAUUAUUGUUUUUUUUUUUUUCAAACGUCGCUCGGAUAAAGAUUAUUUAUCCAUACAUGUCGAUAUGCAUACGUGUUCCUUUGAACUGAAUACCGGAGGUGCCGGGAGUUUAUGUGCUCAUAUCGAGGGUAUACAUAAAGUCCGUAAGCGGUUGAAAACGGCGUUAAAAUAAAACUUGUAGAACGAUUCCGUAUAAUGAAUUGAACAAAAAAAAUAACAAGUUCACCCAAUAAUCCUCUGGUUAAACGGAUCACAC